GUACAUUCACCGGUUGCUUAGCACAGCUAUCACGCUGUGUGGUAUUGUAGCCGAUAAAGUUGAAUUCAGUAGACACCACUGUGGAAAUAAGAGGAUGAAAGUGGUCGCGUUGAUAAGGUAAAAGCUUCAAAUCGCUUCAGCUGUGUCAGGGCUUUAUAUCUGAUGAUUUUGCGAUCAUGGAAGCAACUAAACCUCUGUAAGCUGGCUAACUUUCUGUUGUAAAUAAAGCAUCCUCAGGGUCAGGAGAACAGCCAUGAACGGGUCCUGCAUCCCUCAGCAUCGAUCCCGCUGCGUCUCAUUGCUUUCUCUCUAAAUAUAUACUUUAUAAAUAUAUUAGUCCGCAUUAGUGUAAAUGAUCCAAACCCUGCUUUAACUCGUCUCUGUGCCUAUUUUUCAUGCUGUGUUCCAGUGGGGGCAAAGACAGCUGCUACAACAUGAUGCAGUGUGUUUAUGCCGGGCACCGGAUUGUAGCUCUCGCCAACCUCCGCCCUGCUAACACAGGUGAGGAAGAUGUCCUGCUGGGGUUUGUAUGAUCUACAGGGGCUGGCUGGGCUAAAUGGGCCAGCCAGCUGCACUUCUGCACACAAACAAAUGAAUAAGUGUAGAUUAAAGUACUCCAAAACAUUCAAAGACUUACAGAGAACAGAGAACUUACUAUUUUAUUAAGGAAAUUAGAAAACCAAGAGAAGUAGUUCACUCUAAACCUCAUAAUUCACUUUUAAUUCAGCUCUAAAAAACAUGGAGCUUGAUUAUGACAAGUCAAAUUAACACUCAUGGACUGAAUACACAGACACACACUCACAACCACUGAAGCACCACUUACAGUUAUCUACAAUUACCUGCACUUUAUAUCUGUAAACCAACUUAAAACCUUUCAAACCUCAUUUGCACUACUGUAAAUACAUCCAAUAUUACACUACUGCAUAAUUUAUCUGUCAUAUACUUAUAUUUAUAGUCUGUUUAUAGCCUCAUAUUAAUAACCGUAUGUAAAAUCUGUUCAUAGCCUGUACAUACACUACUAUAGCCUGUACAUACUUAUAGUUAUAGUAUAUUCAUAACAAUUUUAUAUACCUGUGAUAUACUUAUGUAUACAUCUCCUUCAUACCGUGUACAUUUGUAAAUAUAUUCAUACUUGCUAAACACUUCUGGAUGGAUACAAACUGCAUUUCAGUGCUCUGUACUUGAGACAUGUGCAAUGACAAUAAAGUUGAAUUCUUUUCUUUUCUAUUCAAAUAAGAAAAAAUAAAAUGUCUAUCAAAGAAGAAGGAAGGUUUACAUCAUCAAAAUGUGUUGUGAUUUUUGUCAUUUAUUAUGGCCCUAAAGAGAAUAAAUAGAAAAACGUGCAGAAAUAGUGAUUAUUAUGAACUGUUAAAAUCAGGAAAAGCUAAAUAAGUUAGAAAAUGGUUGGAAAUAUGCGCCUAGAUGUGAAAUAUUUUGUGAUAACAGAUGUUUCUGUGGGUUCAUUUUUAUCCUAUCACUCAUUUUCAUUUUACCCUGACUUUUUCAAAAGAAUGACUUUUUCAUUUAUACUUUUCUUUUUGAAUAGAGCAGGGGUGGGCAAUAAAUUUUUACAUGGGUCCACAUGAGAAACCUGAAUUGUGUUGGAGGGCCGAACCAACAAUAACUUCAACUUCACACAUACAGAAAAGCAAGCCCAAAUAAGCAACUACUAGUUAAAAACAAGCUUCAAAAAGCACACCCGUGACUCAUGAGUUUUACGAGCAACUACUUAAACAAACAAGCCUAAAAUCUUCUAUAAUAAGCGGCAUCUACGCAAAUUUUGCAGAUGUUUAAACUUGUUUCUAUUAACGAAUGCAGAUGUAGGAUGUACGCACGUGUGUCUAAAUGGAACUAAAACAAUGGCUAGUUUUUCAAAAUAAAAGCAAGACACUUGUAUGGCAUGUUGAUAAUUUGUUUGACGGACCUCACAAAGGGCCGGGCAGGGACAUCCAUAAAAUGCCCAGGUCUGGAAUAGAGCGACAGAGAAUUUCUAUACUUUAAAAUUUUUUUUUUAUCCUAUUACUUUCAUUUCUUUCUUUUAUGGCAACAUGGCUCUCAAUCGAACUAUAGAUGACUUUGCAUUCAUGCCAUUCAUAACAGGAAUGCUUUAGGAACUGAACUGUUAAAAACGUGGCAGCAUCCCACUAUUAAAUCACCGCUCUAUUGUUUAUCAGCCACACAAUCAGUGGCUUAAUAACAUCUUCUCCUCUCUGUCACAGAUGAGUUGGACAGCUACAUGUACCAAACAGUUGGCCACCAGGCCAUAGAGUUGUAUGCUGAAGCCAUGGAUCUUCCUCUGUAUAGACGCACCAUCCAGGGCACAAGCCUGGACACCAGCAGAAACUACAGUCAGACACAAGGGGACGAGGUGGAGGACCUGUAUGAGCUACUGAAGCUUGUCAAGGUAAGAUUGUCUUUCGCUACUGUUACUGAGAGAGAGAAGAUUUUGUGAGCUCUGGUUUUCAGGGUGGAUUAUACCUGAAAUUCUCAUUCAGUCAUGAGUGCUGUAUUGUGGCAUUUUCUGUUGCAUAAUCCCAGCCUGGGCUACUUUGUUUUAGCAGUAUCUUCAAUUUCUUUACUUGCUACCUUUUUGCUUGGUUGUUUUAAAUUUUGCACUCGGUAGAUGGACGACAUUAAGGUUGACUACUUUCUUUCUAAGGUAAGUGAGUGUAAAAGCAUAAGAUCAAACAAAAUCUCUCAAUCGAUAAUGCAAUCUAAAGUCAGCCCGCCACCUCAUACUGCAAAUAGCACUUUUAUAUUGUUACUUUAAUAACGUAGUACCUCUCUGCAAAAUAGCUACUCUGCUUCUGUUUUUAAGUAGAAACAUGUUGCAUUUUCAUUGGUUUGAAAUGUGUCUCCAUGUGUAAUGUGCUGCCUUGUGUUUUCAUGGCAUAGUUCUGCCUUUGUCUAAAUUUUCUAAAUAAAUCUUUUCAGUAACUCCAGUUUUGAGUUUUUGCCACGGUGUGAAUGUUUGUUGGUGAACCAGCUGAACUUCUCGUCUAGUCUCAGGUUCAGUUCAUAUGCAGCGCUGUUGAGAUGUUUUACAAGUCCUUCUCUGUGGAUUUAGAUUCACUUAGUCGCCCAUCAGGCCUGCUGUACUCUAACAGUCCCAGGCAUCUUUUGCAAAGUGCAACCAAGCUGCUCUGAAGAUUAAGAUGCCACGCUGGUGCUUUUAGUCUGUCUUAUUUAGUGUCUUUUAAUUUCACUUCCAAAUUGGAGAAAGUUUUCUUUUUAUCUCACUUUGGAAAAACAGUGUGCCUGUUGUAGCAGUCACUGAAAGUUUUAUGAGUAAAGUUGGAGAGAGAUGCCCUUCAACAACUGGCUUCACAGGAAAAACCCCAUUCUUUUUUAUCUCUCUUGACAGAAGAUCAGAUGCAAAAAUUAAUCACUGAAUUAAUAUUUCAUCAAAUACUUUUGCCAGGACACUGAGAAAAUAUUCAUUUGAUGCCAAAUUAUGUAUGAGACCUCGGUGGUCUGACGCGGUGCAGGGUGGCUGACUGACAGGUUCGAGACAACUGCGUGAGUGUUUAACACACCACUGGCGCUGCCUGCCUACCUGACCGCCUGCAGCCAUGAGAAAGAGCUACCUGGACGCACACUUUGACAGCAGCAACAGCUCUCCCCGCUGUCAGCGCAAACAGGGUGUGGGAUUGAUCCUGUGUUACACUGUUUCCCCUCUGCAACCCAACACAACCUCUCAUUUUAGCUUGCAGCAUCAAAAUUUAAGAGCCUCUUAUGGGAUGUUGGAUUGGAGUUUGUUGUAGAGAGGGGAGUUGCCUUGACGUGGCGUAAAUGAGAAAGAAAGGUCUGUGUGUGUAUGUGUGUGUGUGUGUUUGUGUGUGUGUAUAUGGGGGGAUCUUCGUUCUUCCUGUAGGUCUGUGUGGAGACAUGUUCAUCCGGAGCUGGGGCUGCUCCAGGGCCCCUGCGUGUCCACACAUCGCCUGGGUGGCAAGGGCCAGUCAGCUCGCCUCAGGGCAUUUUGCGCCCUCUGCCUGACUUUCUUUGUCAUCUUGUGUGAAAAUCGCAGGAUUUACACUUGAGAAAGCACUUGUUUGUGUAUUGUGUAUUUUCUCCUUCACGUCCACACAGUGAAAUUCCCUGUUACGAGCACCCUCACUCAAAUUGUUGAUAUUUUCUGGUAGGUGAUGCAGUGUUGCAUCUCCACUGUGGUCAGAGGCCUAAUUGCAAAAGGCUGUUGAUUUCACAUUUGCAGGGUUUCUCUGGUCUGACCUCACCAGUCAGGCGGGCCAUAGAUCAGGGCAUUUGGACUCCCAUGGGGCCCUCGCUGGCUAGCAGACCUCCAGCCGUCUCCGUGUUUACCCCUCUCACCUUCAUCAACAGACCUGCACCAUAAACAACAGGCUUCCUCUCUCUCACUGAGUGAUGUCAACCAUAAUGACACAACUUUUCCUUACUCGGAUUUCAAGCCUCUGAAGUUUCUUUCUUUUCUUUCUCAUCCAUUGAUAGGUCUUGUUAACUCUCACGAGCUCCAAAGGAGAAAAAUCAGUUCCUGUCUUUCAUAUAAGCUCAUCAUCACACUUCAAAUCUACUCUGUAAAAGUCAAGGAUUAUAGUUGCAUAUACUUUAGUUUCACAUAUAUGUGUUGUUUACAUGGCAGGAAAAACUCCACACAGUUUGUUGGUGGUGAUUGGUGAAAAAAGAAAUGAUAGCUAGAGCAGGAAGCUAUGAGAAAAAAACACCACUUUUGAUAAUGAGCUGUUAAAUCACAUAUGCUGGGAAAAGAACAGUUUUUUUAAGCAUGGAAAAAAUGUAUCAGUGUGAAAAGUGUGAUAUUUUGAAAGAUUCUUUCUAGCAGUUUGAAUUAAUUAGAAGUUACAAGAUUAUAUUUGGCAAAUGACACUUAAAGCAGAGAUGAAAGACAUUUUUUUUCUCAGAUCCGGAGUUGAUGAGGUUUAAGUGUGGAUACUCUUUCCUCCUCCUCCUCCUCCUCCCUUUCAGAGCUGGAAACAGACUCAUAGCAUGAGCCAACAGUGCCAUCUAUAGAUCACUCCCAGAAGCUGAAAGAGACUUUCUACACUUUGCCCUCUUGGAGAAAUGUUUGGAGCCUUUUUCAAAAGAGUCAAAGGAAGAGAUCAUAUUCUUCAGACGCAUUGUUGAUAGAGCGGGGGGGAGAAAAAAAGCCCAAUUAUGACAGAAGAAAUGAGCCAUCCAUCCCCUGGCAGUGGUGAUAAUAGCAGGAUGACAAUGUGGCCCUAUCAUUGGCUCCUUUGCUCUCAUCGCUGGCUGAGUAUGGCUGUGCGUCUUUGAAGUGUGUAACCUGAUAGACACGUGGGCCACAGCGUACCCCAUCCCAUCCUGCUAGGUGCUGAUCUUUGAACCCACUCGUUGGGGGGAGGAAUAACAGUUUUGUCUGCAGCGGGGGGGAUUGUGCACUUCUGGACGUCAAUGACUGUAAGAGUAUAUUUUCACAGACUAGAUAGAGACUCAUGUGUCUUCAGUGUGACCCCAAAGGGAAACAAAAUAUGUAAACGCCUGAAAAAACUCAGCAUAGGAGUUCAAUAUUUUGAUUUUCAGUUUGUAAUUUCAACAGUUUUUUUUGUGUUGAUGUUUCCAUGUUUGUGUGGAUCCUGAAACUGGAUUUCAUUGUGGUUUUGCUCUGCCUUCCUCUGCUGUGAUCCGCUCUGAUGUGUGAUACAGAUCAGCAGUGUCAGUCACCCCCGGCUGUAACGCCAGUCCCCCCGAAGGCCUGCAGAACCCCUCAUAUUAGUCAUAUCACAUCCCUCAAGUCCUUUAUCCCUCUCUCUGUGCUCUGUGACCUGACACAGUGGCUCUUUAUGCCCAGUGACCCUGCCUGCAUGUGUGUGUGCUCUCAUGUGCUCGUGUGUUCAAGGUCAGGUCAAAGCAGGGCCUCUGUUACAUGAUAACAGGUCUAUCUCUGUUCUCCUUGCACACCUCUGGCUCUUUUUUUUUUUUGCCCCAGUUUUCCUUCUUUCAACACUCUGUGGUAAAAGAGGUGCCUCACUGCUCAUCCUUUCACUGUGUCUUUCUCUUUCCUCUUUUUUUUUCUGUAUUAGCUGCUGUUAUUUGAAAGCUGCCGUCAUGGAAAACUUCUAAGGAUCCACCAAAUGAUAUGGCUGAUCAGUAUCAGUUAACCAAUAUCAACCAAUCUGCAAAUUAUCUAACAUUUACAGAUGCAGAAGCAGAUAAAUCGCACAGGUAGUACAUUUAAUCAUAUUUCAUUGUGGUAUUUGUAUUUGCAAUUGAGGCUUGCCAAGAAGUCUGAAUUUAGAGCAAUAAAUUCUAUAUUAAAAAGUAAUUUUUUCUUACGGAGUGUGUUAAAAUGCCUUUAAAACCAUUUUUAAUCAGUCAAGUGAAGCCAGAUUAACUGGUGCCAGAGUAGUAGAAAAACGCUUUAGGAUUUAAUUUGAAUGAAGGUACAGUGAAACCCUUCACUAAGGGUUUUUCUUCUAAAAACAAAACAAAAACAGAUUCUUGGUUGUGUAACUACAGAAACUUUUUGUCUGAUUUUGUGACUAUAAAGACAGCUAGAUAAGUUUUUGAAGCAGAUUUGUUUUUUAAAGGAAAUCUUUUAUGGCUUAAAUUGAAUGAAUUAUAAUGAUGAAUGAAUUUAUGUAGCACCAUAUGGAAAAACAGGCGUUUAAAAAGUGCUUUAAGGACACUGGUUAGCCUAACAGUCUAAGCAUGCACCCCAUUGAUUAAGGCUAAAGUCCUCCUCGCAGUGGUUGCUGGUCUGACUUCCGGCCAUGAACCUUUCCUGCGCCCCACAUUUUCUUUCACGACUGUAACAAAGGCACAAACAAAGCCUGUGAAAUAACUUUAAAGGACUUUGACAUUCAGUCAAAAACAAACAUGAGAAAAAGAACCCUAACAACAGAAGAACCAAAGAAAUGAAAAAAACAAACAAAACACCAACAUACUCAAGGACCCAGGCGACACAAGAACCUUGAAACACAAUCUGACACCAAAUGAAAGAUAGUGAAAAAAAUGAACACGGAGAACGAACAACAGGAAUGAAAAAAAAUCAACAUUUGAAUCAGAUUUUGACUUUAUAAUCGAAACUGGUAUCAGCCUUGAUUUUCUCAAUUGCGCCCAAAUGAAAUAAAUAGUAAUUUAAGAUGUCUUUUCAGCAGAUACAACACUUUACAUACAAAAAAGUGUUGAGCUUUGAAAGAAGCGUCGCCUACAGGGCACGAGUGGCAGUAAGUUUUGAGAAGAUGCAACUGAAUCUUCAAUCACUUGAUGUAGUAAGAGAUAACGCAUAAAAAGAUUGUGACUCGGUUUCAGCAACCCUGCAACCUUUGAGCUGAUGAAUAAAGACAAAGACAUUUAAGCUCAUUAGAGUGAUGAGGAACAAUAGAUGAUAUCUACACACACGUUCCUUUCUGCCAGCUCUAAUUAGCCACAAUGUGACAUCUCUGUCGUACUGAGACCCAGCUCUGAGAACGAUGGAAAUGUUACUUUCAGAUCUAAUUUCUUACCCUGUGAUGCACUGGACUUUUCAGAGGAACAUUUAUUUCUUGGUCUCUUAUUUUUGGGAUACCAGGAGUCAGUUAACAUCCUUCUACCUCCACUUAGAUUAGUUGAAGUUGGUGUGUUUGCAUUAAAACGCUUUAUUUUAAAUGAGAUAAUAAUUUUCUUUAACCUACACAACAUCUUUCCCCUCAUCCCCUGACCCGGAUUACACACAAAAACACACAACCCCCCAAUCCAGAUUCUACCUCCACUCUAUUAUUGACACCAGCAGACACGAGUGGGGCCCUAUGAGAUCGCAGAAGUCCAAAUGUUUUUUUUUAAUUUCUUCCCUCUUUCAAACUCUUUGUUUUUCUUCUCGGUCUUGAUUUUAUUGUCGUAGCACUUUCAUCCGGACCCUUCAGAAGCCUGGCACUGGGUCAGCACAGUUCCCUGAUGAAGGUGAAACCUGCUGCGAGGAAGGGAGGGAGAAGGAAAGCAGAGAAGAGGAGGAGGAGGGGGAGGCAGGCAGGGGAAUCUCCAGUUGAACCAGGAGCUCUGAGGUAUUGAUUAAGGAGGCGAGGUGUUGUGAGACAAGUCGUUGAGGAGGGGUGCGAACUCCAAAAAAGGGAGGGGUGGUCAAAAUCAAACACACAGCCCCUAUCUGAUUACCGGCGCGGUGCAGCAUUAGACAUACAUCGGGGGCUCAACAGGAAAAUGGAUUUCUUUUAAAAAGCUGCUUAAUACAUAAAUCAUGACCUCUGGGGUCACAGCGAGGGUUUAGAUUGGAUCAAUAACAAAGCUAAUGUGAGCUUGUUGUAGUUGCUCUGUGGCGCACAGAGACCUCUAAAUGGUGUUAUUGGAAGUAGCUUACAAGCAGUCUGUAACCAGUGGAUAAUCACUUUGUAGAAAGUUUCUUUUUAUUGCAUUUUCUUGAAGGUUUGUUGCCUAGAAUUUAAAAAAUACAAGCACGAGUUAGCGCAGAUUCCUUCAAACAGCUGCCUCUCUGUGUCGCCUCCCUGUGUGAUCCUCAUUGUUAUUUCUUCUUUGCUCUGAGACCGCUCACAUUCACGCCGGUUGCUGUGGUGGCACUGGGGUUGAGAUUGCAGGCUUGUUUUGCACAUGAGGAAGGAUAGCAUUAGCCGUGAGAUAAUGGCACCGUGCAUUGUUUCGCUGGCCGUGUGGAAGUGGUGGGACAGGAUCUAUUAGAUGCAGGCCCAUUUCCCUCCAACUGACGCUAACAAUCCCCACAAACAUUAGAUAAAGAGCCUUGCCCCAAGCCUUUGUAAUUUGUUUGUAUUUUUCUGCUUAAUGUACUUUGCUCAAUCUUGUUUAGCGAUGAUGGAAGCUGAUAGCCUUAUCUCGCCUUGCCAAGGGCAUGAGCCACUACCACUGCAUGGUUGAACAUUGUUCCUUUGAAGAACGUGUACAUGUGAAUGGUCCUUUUACAGAUUUUUUUUGGGUGCUGGAUGAAUUGUACAUUUAUUUGUUAUUUGAAUAUGAUACAUUAAAUCAUUUCAAUGUAAUUCACUUCAAUUCACCUCAACUCUUUUCAUCUAUCACAAAAAACCUGCAAACACCACUAUAGGCUUUAGUACUUCUUGCAGGUUAAUGUUUACAUACCUGUUCUGGAUACUUGGGGUGGGAGAAAAAAAACAAUACAGCAUAGUAUUGCGAUAUUUUGUCUGGUGAUAUAUCGUAUCAUCUCAUUUACCAGGUAUUGAUUUUUUUUCAAAUUGUUAAUAUGAAGUCAAAUCUAUGAUAAUGGAAAAAUAAAAACAACUGUUUGUCCAGUGAGGUCAGCAGAGGUGACAUCAUGGCGCAGGAGAAAGUUCGUACUAUAUAUAUAUAUAUAUAUAAGGUUUAGAAGAUGUGCUAUAUGAAAAUAAAAUACAGUCUAAAUAAGACAAACUUAAAGGAAAGACACAUGCUAAAUUAGCUAAACAGUUGAAAAAAAAAUUAUAAAUCCCAAUAUAUCGUAUCGCAAUACUCACUGUAUUGCAAAAUGUAAAAAAUUGCAAUAAUAUUGUAUUGUGGCUCAAGUAACAUGAUACUAUCGUAUCGUUGGGCCAGUAGUGAUUGAGAUGAUUUACCAGUUUAACUAAAAAACUAACUUAAACAUGUUGCUCUGAUUUUUUGUGCUUUUGCAUUUGUGAGGAUGAGUUAUGACCACUUAAUAUUCUUUAAAGAAUAACUUAAACUAAUUAGUUGUUACUGGAAAACCAAUUAAAUAAAUAGUACGUAUGCAUGUCCACUUUAGGCUGUAAAUAUGCCUCCAAUAAAAAUACAUUUUCCCCUCCUUGCUUUGUCGUCUUUUACAAAAGUGUAAAUUGAGAAAAAGUGUAAAACAGACUCAGAUUUAAUUGUCUUCAGCAGGUUAUGUUAUUGCUUUACAGUCAUUUCCCCUUAACUCUACAGCCCGCUGUCAAAGUGUGAGGGAUAGUACGGCCGUUUAAGAAAAACAGCACUCACCGAGGAGUCUGCACAUGUAAUAAAACCUUUUAAACUCACCAGUACCAGCAGCUAGUCAGGCCCAAUAUUGCCUGUCUGAGAGCAGACAGCUGAGGAAAAGUGCUAAGUCUUUCAACUCUCUGCCAUUCAUCUACUCCAAAAUUAAGAGGGCUUUUAUGUUUUGUUUUGUGAACCAUUCCCCUCAAGAAAUAUUUGUGGCAGGCCCCAUCACCUCCCGCAGCUAAAGUCAUAACCAGCCUUAGAAAAACACAGUCUGGAGUCUGGAGAGUGGGUUAAACCAGCAUCACAGCUAUAUUUUCCUCUGGUCCCUCUCUGGGGAGGGAAUUGGGGGAGGAUUGGAGAGAGUGGGGAUUCAUGAUGUCUAUUGGCGCUGCGGAGGAUGGAGGACAGGAGAGCCAAGAUACAAAGAGCCUGGAACCUGACCUCACCAGAAAAACAUUUACAUUUUCAAGUGUGUGUGUUUGCAGGGCCAGUGCGUGACUGUGUCUUUGCACAUGGGCUGCAGUACUUGUGCAUGCGUACACUCUGUGGACUAGGUGGUUGUUACGGACCAUGAAAAGCAACUGACAUAGUUUACCUCUUUGUGGCAUGAGACUCCUGCUUUGAUUCUACACUUAACUCGCUUUCUGGAAACAGCUUCCUGUCUCAGACUCUCAAACACUUUUACCUCAGCCAAGUGGGAUUAUGACUUUGUUUAAUGCCCUGCAGAAAACUUUUGCAGGGGCUUAUUUAUUGGAACACCUUAUCCUUUUAAUGGUAAAAGGCGAGACCUUGAACUUAGGGAGGAAGUGGGAGAAUUUCCUGUCAUCUUUCAAAAAAGGUUUAUAGAGUUUUAUCGUCUGGGAGCGGAGGCCGAGAAUUACAGCUAGUUUAAACGUUGAAACCGCCGUUAAAAUGUUGCAUUUUUUGAAAGCCAGCAAUAACUAAGCCUGUUUGCUUGAAUUGCAAGUAUUCACAGACAUCGAGAAACGACCUUAUGUCUCCCCGCCGCUUCUCAACAUUUGGUUUUCCAUGCGUGUAGAUAUGGAAGGCCUCCCUGUCCUUGGCCUGCUCAAACCAGGGCUUUGUGCUUGCUUUGGCCGAGUCCCUCUCCCUCCCUGCCUGUAGUCUGGCUGGGCCCCGUGUUUACGUAACCAUAUAUAUCUGAGGAGGAAACUCGUGAAACGUUAAUCUCUCUACUUUUUAACCCUGAUGAAUUUCUACAUUUUCCAGCUGUGCGGCAUGGCAUAUUUAUGCUCGGGCUCUAUCGCUGAAAACAGCUCUGUCAUUGUAAAAGAAUCACUUUCCAAGACUAAAGGGUGCAUGUGUGCAAACUUUGGUAUAGCGAACUGUUCAAAUAAAAACUUAGCUAUGAAAAAAAAGCUCCUAAACAAACUCCAUGCAUUGAAUUUGCAGUUUCUUGUCACUCUCCUCUGGUCUGAUAUCAUCACACCUCACCCUGACACUUGUCACAUAGCUGUUGGCUGAUAUGCGCCCUUCACUCAACACGCCGAUGAGACAAUGCCCCGUGUCAUAUCCUCUGUUGGCUGGUCACACCUGCAUUGUGGCCUCAUUGGCAGAUAAUACUUUCCCCUGUUCAGCUUCCUCUCUGCCCCUUCUCGUACCUCCGACCUGCACCAUCUCAGAAACCGGUCGGGGUAUUCUGCCUCAUGAGCAGCUGGAUAUGCAAGCCGUUUUGUUUUUCUUAUUCCGCCACUCUGUACGGCCGAGGACUGACACGUGGUGAGUCAUCUCGCCAGCACAAAGGAAGAGAACGUCUUUCAACAGCUGCUUCAAACAGACAGCCCCACCAAUUUACCAACAGGCAUGUCUCUGAAAGCCUUUUAGAGCGAGGUUUUGCCCAAUGUUUGUUUUGCAAAGACAUUUGCUAAUCUUGCAUGUCCAUUUGUUGCUUUGUUAUGACGGCUCAGACAGUGUACAUGGUGUUUUAGCUUCUUUCUGUGUAUACAAGCGCUUUAUAAUCUUGGAAUUGGGUGUAACUCCAAAAAACACUAUAACUGGUCCAAACCAAAUUUCGCACAUUGUGCAAACAUCCUUUCACAUCUUCACUGACUUGAAGAGUCACCUUGGAGUACCACAGUCAGUCCAGAAUAGUAAUGAGGGAGCUGAUUCAAAACAAAUAACAAGCGUCUCCUCCUACUGAGCUCACCCUAAGGUUCCUGUCAGUUUCCCGUGUCUGAGUUGUCAGGACAGCCCAACAACACGCCCCGGGACUACAUCCGCAUUACAUUAAACGCUAUCGCUUGACCCUAACUGGCCCUAUCCCCUGUACCACAUCUACUUGAGCUGCUACAACAAGGUCUAACCCCCUCCCCUUCUCCUUCUUACCAUGUCCCCGCCAUGUAAAGGGGUACAAGGAGAUCCCAUUACAUUACAGCUGGGCCGGAGCUGAUCUAAUGGAGGGAACAUUAAAACCAUGUCGCGUCCAGUCACUUACUUGAUGGAUCCUGGGAGGGGAGGACGGAUGGAUGAAGAGGAGGAGGUGGCGUGUUGGAUGGAAAAGGAGAUUGCGGGGUUAGAGGGGUGUUGAUGUGACAGUGCGGAUGCAGCAUCCGUAAUAGUACCUUGCUGCCCUUGAGCAAACUGUCAUUCACACCACUUUAAUUAAUCUCUACACUCUUGUCUUCUUACCUCUCCCCUCCAUCAAGCGCUCUACAUACAGGAAGUGUGAAUAGAGAGUAUGUGUCAACAACUUAAGAUUUGAUAGAAAGGGGAUUUUGUAAUGGAAAUGUGCAGACUUGUGUCUAUAAUAGGCAGGUUCUGCCAAAGCUGGCUUCCGAUUUGUCAGAAUGGUUUAAAGCAGGCAUGCUGGUAACCCACCAUUUUGCAGAAUGGAGCUUUGUAUUGUUAGGGUGUAUAAUUAAGACCUCAUUGUGACAGCCAUUGAGAGAGAGAGAGCUAAUGAGGGUUCUGAUGUAUUCCAUAUGAAUUUGAAUAUUGAAUUUUUAAUAUUUUAUGGCUUUCUAAUUGCCUUGGUUGCUGUUAAUGGCUUUGACUGUUGAAUAUUAUCCCGGCUGGAUGUGUGGCAUGUGAAUGUACCUUGAAGCGAGGGGUUUGAAUAAAAAAAAAAGCUGCAUUCUCCAGCAGACUUCCUUGCUUUAUGAGUGCCGUGUAUAUGUAUCUCUGGGGUAGAUACAUAUCUUGACUGAAGGCAUGCCCGUGACUGUGAAUACAUUCGAACCACUCUUUAACUCUGUUACUAAGAUGAAUGUAUAUAUAAUUACAAAGUAUAUCACGCACGCACUACCUUGAUAUAGAGUUUAAUGGCCGUAUCGUUUCUUUGUGGAGCAUGUCUGCUGGCCUUAAUCUUCCCCACAGCUGACAUCUUAAUAACUCAGCCCUCUCCAUCCAUUUCCACGGGAGACAUCCGGAUGUUGGGGAAGGAUUAGUUUAAUGAAUUUGACAAUUAGUAACAGAAGUUAAUGACUGCAUGGGGCUAAGUACCCUGAUGGACAUGGCUGCUGGGGGGAGGCUGAGGGCUUCCAUUGCUCUGGGCCAUAGAUCCUCAUUAAUAGCUUUUCUGCUUGCUGGAGAGGACAGGGGAAGCCGGGCCAGGCCUUUGUUUAGUCUGCCUCUGAAGGGGUCGCACUGUUGCACAACGCCACGCCAGAAUUAGUCCCGCUCUGGGCGUGAGUUAAUGCAGGGGGGCCCCGGGGUCCUGGAUCAGGUGAAGCUUCCUUUAAUGAGCUGGGGUCAUUACAUGUUGAAAAAAGAAAUGUGACGUAGAGUCAAGGGCAGGCGGGAGGAGCUAUUUCUUGAAAUCUUGCGCCAAGAGUCAUGAAGAAAGAAAAGUGGCUUAUGGGUCACGAGAGUCCUGAUGACCUCUGAUUUAAUUUAUCGUCAUGUUGGCUUCUCUCAGCUAGACUCCACCCCUUAGGCAGUCUAAACAUCGUUUACCCCCGAUAGCUCUCAUAAAAUUUAUGAUUAUUUAUUAUUAUUAUACUGUGCUUCAUGAGCUACCUUGUUGCUUUGUCAGGUAUUCCCACUAUAAACCAUUUUGAUAAAUUUUUCAGCCAAACAUAAAAAUCAAAGUUUGCGUUUUUUUAUUACGCUAUGAAUACACAUAGAAUAAUUCCCAUAAAACCCAUCAAUUCUGAUUUAUAGACAAAUAUACCACUUCUUCACAAUAAUUUAUCCUACCUUUCCCACAGAGGAUGAGAAAGUAUGAGGGGAAUUUAUAAAAUCACAUCCAGAGUAGUGAGAGCUGCCCCCUCAUUCCUGCCUGUCUGUCUCAUGGUGAUGGCUAUAAUUGUGAGGAAAACAUAACUGCGUCCAAAAAUAAGCAUGUCCCAGUGCUCUUUGCCAAAAGGUCUACUAGUUAGAGUCUCCAUUGAAAACAACUGAGUCGUGUGAGAAAUUCCGUCUUCGUCGUGUUAUCGUUGGUGGCGACCGUGCUCGGGUAUUACAAGGCUGCAUGAUGUAAUCUAAUGAGAGCGAGGGAGAAGAGAAGCCAUUUAAUUGGUCCAACCUCAGCGGCCCGGGCCUCCAGAGAGAAGUGAAGACAGAGAGACGGACUUACAAGAGCGGGAUGUUGUUUGCUGUUGCUCUGACGCUCUGUUAUUCUGUCAGGCUGAGUCUGGUCCUGCCAAGUUUAAAGCCAAGGGACCAAAUUGGUGUUGAUGGAGCUCACACUCCCUCAACGCUCUCAUUCUUUUCUCUUUUUCCUUUUUCUCUCCGUCUCUCCUUAUCUGAUUCUUUGCCUCCUAAUACGCCUCUUUAGGAAGUGACAGUUGUAUUUAGGGAAAAAGGUUAUCAUUUCAUUAGAAUAGAGUGCCGGCCCCGAGGCUUACCUAGAAUUACAUGGCACUGCCUGCAGCCCCCUUCGCUCUGUGCUGGGCUGAAAUGUUAUCAGUCCGACUUAAUUACUGUCACUGGGCAGUGAAAUUGACUGUAAUGUAUAUCCCAGUGUUGGAAACAUUGGAGAGAUAUUAAAACAUGAGCACAACUUAAGAUCUCUUGGGACUCAACUCAGGGGUCAAACAGUUAAAUGGUGGGCUUGUAGUUUUGCACCUCACAUCUUUGGCUACAGCACACAGACACACGCACACAAGCAAAGCACAUCCUUUAUCUGAUUAGCUAGCACGCCUACGUGGAGCUGUGUGUGUGUGUGUGAGUGUGUGAGGGAUGCACGGUGCGUUACAGAGCAGCGUCAGGCCCCAGGCAGGGCAUGGAUUUCAUUUAGGAAAGUAUCAAAGGUUUACACGCUGUUCGCUUUAAUCAGCAUGUUUAUCAGGCAGAGAAAAAUUGCAGGAAGGGACCACAGGGAGAAGGAGGGGUGGAGGGAUGGGCCGUGUGUGUGUGUGUAUGUGUGUGUGUGUGGGGGGGUUAUCUUAAGGACCAGUAGCCUGGGAAAUUGAUAAUGGCUACAAGGUAAUUUACUGGAGACUUGUGCAUCCCUCCACUGCUUCUACCCCUUGCCUCUCAUUCUAAUUACAGCCCAUGUAAUGUUCUAAUGAAUCUGCAGGUGUGUCUGUAGAGGGGGGGGGUGCAAGAUGAAGGUAGCAGAGGGGGUUGUGCAUGUAAAAAACGUGUGUGUUUGUUUGUGUGUGUUGAAGAAUUGAACACAUCUCAAGGCCGCGUCAGUAUCUCUCCAGCGCAUAGUUGUCGCCCAGUUUGUGAAAUAUGAAUAUGAUAUGAAAAGCAAUUAGAUUAGCCCUCAGCGAUAUUAAAGAUACAUGCCACUCACAGACACGCCGCUCCACUGAUACUUCAAGUUGUCACCGCAAGUUGCAGCCUGGCGGUGUGUUGAAAAGGGAAACCGCGGCCAGACGCACUCAUCUCCCGCUCGCACUAGACUGCUGAUAAGGUCCAGGAUCUGCCGCGUUUGUGCUUUUAGCCACACACUCGCAUGUAUACAUAAACAUACACGUUCACGUACACAAACCUUCAGGGGAUAUGGGCUGGACCAGAAGGGGUCUUGAUAUGACCAGAGUGUAAACAUCCCCACAGGACUGCAGUAAAGUCAGAGGAAAGAGUUGUGCUUUCAUUGUCUGUUUCAGUUUGUGUGGUUUUGUUCAAAUAACACAUUUUGGAUACCCUGAUAGGUUGGUCAAGGAAUACUUGGCCCCCGUGAAGCAGUGACGUCACACUGUCACUGCACGAACUCUGUAAGAGUUGAAAAUCUACAAGGUUAAGUUUCCUCUAUUUUUUCCCUCCCCACAGGAAAAGGAGGCUGUCGAGGCAGUGUCUGUGGGGGCCAUUCUUUCCGAUUAUCAGAGGGUCCGUGUGGAAAAUGUGUAAGUCGAAAACACGCUCAUGAGUCAGGACACACUGUUUAACUUGAGGUGCACACACCCACUUCUUUAAGGCCUCUGAACUCGAAUGACGCACGUUCUGUGAUCCACUGAAAAAAAAAGGGAACAUCCUCUGAAGUCUUUACUUCACUGCGUGUGCCACUUUUGUUUAAAUAUAAACUUUAUAUACACAGAGGGCCUGGUUUACUAAGAAUAAGAAUGUGGCUGGAGUUGCACAUUCACUUCCGGCCCCAUCUCAAGGUCUAAUUCACAAAGCAAAUAUUCAAUUGCAAAAAUGCUCUAAAAUUCUGCAGCUCUGUGCAGUUUUCCCCAGUUUUGUGUUUUAUUGUGACUGAUGGCGUCCACAUAUAUGAUGAGCUGGAUGGAGGAGAACAGUCCAGACCUGUUUGUUGUGCUAAAUUCAUUAAAAAAAUGGACACAGGUUGUACAGUUUAUCUUUUUCUCUGGAGUAGGAUAGAACAAAAGGAGCUCUUGCAGAAUAAUACAUUUAUAAAUAAACUCUGACGUGUGCACUAUCACAGUCUGUAUGUGCAGGGGUUUGAGCCACAGACUUAUUAAACUCCUGAUUAUUAUUAAAAUGGUCAUGUCAAAAUAAUACCAAGAGAUUUUAGUCUCCACUGAAAUAUGAUGGCAGGACAGCACAAUCAAUAAAGAAGUGACCCUGAACUUACCUUUUAGUGAACAAUAACCCUAAACCUUAGACAUCUAUGUGUUGGGAUAUUCUUUUAUUUUUGAUUCUUUCUUGUAAACUUUCACAGAUUGAAGACACCUCAGCACUAAGCUUUCCUUUCAUGAACAACUCGUGGCUGUUGUGUCUCAGUAAACACAUGCCAUUACCACAAGCACAUAAAUAUCAGGGAUUUGUAAGGCAGUGAUUAAUUUUCUGACCCAAGAAACCUGAGCUCAAACCAGAGUGCCUGUGCUUGUCUUUGAAUAAAGUCUAAAUAAAGUUGGGAGCAUGUCCCGCAGGCCUGUUGAAAAAGGAAACAGUGCUCAGCUUAGUCAGCUCUAAAGCCGUCCUGAAAUUGGCAAAUAUUAAACAUGAUCUGCUCAGCUUUCUUUUUCUACAACCUACUGCCACCCCUCUUCCCUUUCACCUGUUCUCCAGAUGUUUGCGGCUAGGUUUGCAGCCUCUGGCCUACCUGUGGCGCCAAGACCAAGAGUCCCUUCUCUCUGAGAUGAUAUCAUCUAACCUCAACGCUAUCCUCAUCAAAGUUGCUGCCUUUGGUGAGUUUGUGCCUCACUCCUUUGUGUCUCUGGCAGCUGGUGAGCAGUCUGAUGUCCCCUCCCUCCUUGUCCUGCUUUUUUUUUUUUACUCUCAUUUGUACUUUCUCUGAAGGUGCCAUGUUGGUUUAGCGGUUUUUGGCACAGGGAUCGAAGGGACCGAAUUUGGAUAGGUGAGGGACAGGAGGAGGAGAAGGGGAGGUGGAACCAGAGAGGAAAAAGAGAGACAAGCAGACUAAUGCCCGAAUCAUUAAUCCACGGCUUAGCAGCGGUGUUGAGACUUGUGCCAGCGGCGGAGGUAUUGAAGCAGACAACAAUAUGAGAAGAUAAGAAGCGCAGAGGGAGGAGGAGGAGGAGGUGUUCGGGAGGGAGGGGUGCUGUGGCUUUGGGAGGGAGGGAGGGCUGGCAGUUGAGAAAUAAUCACAGGUGAUUUCCUCGCACAUUAAUGCAACCUGUCAAUAAGCGGCGCAUGUCCCCAUUGUGCGAGAGAAACACUGCUCUCUGCUUAUGCAUAGCUGCGAAUACACGGUCCGUGAAGCGAAGAUUAAAAUCUCUCAUUUACGUUUCUCAACUGCUUCGGCGCUGAGCGAAGAGGUUAAUGUGGUGUCACCUGCUCUCUGCUUGCCUGUUUCAGAGCCUGAGGAAAGAAAGAUCCGAUUACUGGAAAACAAGAGAGUUUGACGGAGAAAAAAAGUUUUCUUUUCUUUUCUCAGGUACAUGAUGUUAAAGAUCCCUACCUGUAUCGACUUGACAAUGCAGCUGGAUCCCUUUGACGGUGCUAGUGAUAAAUGAUAAUCACAGCUACAAAUGGUUCUUUUUACUCUCAAACUACUCACGGUAAUAGAUCAUCACAGAGACACUGUUUACGUGCUGUUAAGUGCUUGUUGUCACCUUUGGUAGCAAUCAGUCGAAAAGGGGUCCACGGCUGACUGAUGACCCGCAGAGCCGAGAGGAGAGUUGGAGUUAUUUUGCAAAUCUUUCAACGCCACUCAGUAACGACUCAUAGCAUGUAUGUGUCACACCAUUUAUCACUGGUACUUUAUUUUCUGGACCCAUUCCUCAUUUUUAAUAGUGUCAUGAUAGAGGACGAUUUGGCCAUAAGGAACGUCCCUGUCAGAUGUCCGUCAGGUUAAAGAUGAUGUCAGAAUCUGUGCUUUUUUUCUUACUUCUAAUCAGAGUUUCCCAGAAAAAGUGUGUUUUUCUUUCUACCGCAGUUGUAACCAGAGAAGAUCUUAGUCUGUGUUUGUAUUAAGUGAUUAAUUAUAAUGCUGAAUUUCCCCUCUGGAAUAACACAAAACCACACCUUAAAGACCUCAGUCACCUUAUAACCCAGCCUGGCCAAGCUUCAUACCCCAAACACAACUUAGUCUAAAAGCAAAUUCUCAGCAUUUUUCGGAAGAUUAUAAUUAGAAAGGAAAAUUGCCCUGGGUGCCUUUGAGCGCGUAUCUUGGCCUCCUGCUGUCAGUGUUUGUGAGAGUGUGUGUGUGCGUGUGUGUUUUGGCUACAGGUAAAAAAGGAAAGAUCUUAUCAGCUCUGACUCCUCACCCAUCCUGAGGCGGUGGUAAUUAGAAAGGAGAGAAUUGAAUAGGGGUGCAAGCGCCUGAGGCGUUUUAGGCAGCACUCUUAUAAUUGCAGCUUUGGUGGGAGCAGGUCUGAGCAGCGAGGUGUGCUGUUCAGGGGAGAUUGGGUGACAGAAGGGCGUACCUGGUGGCUUUUGGUGUUUUCAGGUGUGUGUGUGUGUUUGUGUGUGUGUGUGCGCGCUAAGAGAGAUUCAGCAGGAUUUACUCACACAGACAUCAGGAUGAUAAAAACAACUCUCGCAGGGCAAAGGUUAAGUCUGCAUGUGAACCGACGGCUUGAACUGCUCAUGAUACUUUGCAGUAGUACGAUUUUCUUUUUUGAGCUCUGAAGAGUGAGGAGUCAUUCAAGAUUAAUAUUCCUUCAUUAAACACUCAAAAAGACAGGUGAAAAUUAGCAGUGAAUGGAUAAAAAAAGUAUUUUUUUCAGAGAGGAUAUAUUCCUUGAUGACAAAUCCCUGCUGUGAAAAGACAGCUGUCCAAACGCAGGAUGAUCCUCUAAGUGAAUUCUCCAGAAGUGUUCGUUUUCCACGCUGAUGGCAGCCUAAAACCACAAAAGAGAGAAAGAGGAUUUAAAUUUUUGAAGAUGCCAAAUUGCAUGUAGUGAAGUAAGUUCAACUAUCUCCGUCUAAGCCUAUGAAUGUCAAGAAAAGGCUUCUAAUUAGCACCACAGUGGGUAUUUUUUUUCUUCUUCAAGGGAAAUGCAUAUUUUGUUUGGAAACUGUCACUUUAAAAUUCACUAUCUACUAAGCUAACUGUGCUAAUUGGCAAUCCCAAAAGCCAGGAUUAAAAAUUCAUGUAAUUAGUUAAUUGAUUGAUUAGUGCAGGUGUGUGCGAGGGCACAGGUUCAGCAGUUAAUUGGUCCUCUGCUCCACAGAUAAUUGGCACGUGUGAAAUCGAGGUCUAUCUGCUGGAAAACCUUUCAUCACUGCAUGAUCUUUUACCCUUCACAUGACUGUAGCCUUUGUGUCAGAGAUUCACUUUCAUUCAUCAUCUUACUCACAGGUAUAAAUAUAGUUUUAUAUAUACAUAAAGGACAGUUAGCUCUCAGUGCGUUGAAGAUAAUGCACCGUUUCAUUUUUCCAUAUGGACGUCAGUAGCUUUCUGUCUUUUAUCCAUAAUAAUGGUGCAAAAUGUAACAUUUUUUUUCCCAGUAACCUACUUAAAUUAGAAGCACAGUUUUUUGUUUUAGUUUUGCACGUAGAAGAAGUGAAAUAUUUUGUAGUCUCAAGAAGGGAUGGGCGAUAUGGGCUAAAAAAUCUAUCACGAUAAGUCCCGAUAAAAAAUAUUAAAAUUCAUUUCUAUGUUUUUGACUCUUUCUGUCUUGAGGACACCAGUUGGCAAAGUCAAAUAAGAUACUUAACUACAAGUUUAAGUGGUAGGUUAUAGAGAAAUCUAGUGACAUCAAACGAGUCUGAAAUAUAUUAACACUUUCUACAUUUGUUGAAAACUCAUAUUACACAGAGUGAAUAGCACCAGAUCCUUGUGUAAACCCAAAUCUUGAAGGAAAUACCUCAUAUGGAGCAUUAUUUAGCAACAAGCUGCUCAGAGAUGUCUUCCUAACCACCUUCGGCCAUGUUUGUUUGUUAUUCUGCUCCGUGUGGGCUACGGCUGCAAGUCCGUCGCUUGCACUUGCAUCAUCAACUUGCAUUUUUUGCGUUUAUCCUGAGAUGGCAAAUAUUUAUCAUGAAAGAAUAUUCUGACGAUAAAUCAUGAACGAUAAUUUAUCGCCCAUCCUUAGUCUCAAGGCCUUUUGUUGAGUGAUACUUCAGUGGACAGCCGGAGACGCAUGUAGCAAUCAAGCCUGCGCCGCGCACUAUUAGGACUAUAUUUUCUGUAUAUGAGGCAUGUAAUCUAACUACAGUGCUGAACCAAAGCCAUAGAAAUACGUUUCUAUGGAAACAAUACUAGACAGAGGCGUUUUUGACAAGAUGGAAGCAUGAUAAGAAGUUCCAGCCGAAAGACCUUACGCCCCUGAAAUCAAACAGUGUUAUACAAAUUAAGUCAUUCCACUCAAUGAGCUGCAAUAGAUUCUGGCUUAUUAUGUCAAAAUCUGGUAAAUGACAUCUUCUAAUGUCAAAAUGUUGUCUCUGUAGCUCAUUUUCUGUCCACUUAAGCUUCCAGGACCUAAAUAUAGUCAGUUUACCUUCACUGGAGACAAAGAAAACUGUGAGUUUCUUAUCUGCAGAGGAGAAAGUGGACACUAUCGCAUACUUGUACUUGGAAAUACCCUAAAGCGUAUCGGUCAUCAUCUUUCUGUUCUGAAGAUCAGUUUAUAGAGUCAUUAAUUCAAACCUUGUCACAACAAAUCAGUUGUUCUCUUUGUUAAUUAGUCUAUUCACUUUUUUAUUCAUUAUUCUGAGAGUGUUUUUGCCUUUUUAUUGAAUUUAAUGUGAGACAAAGAUGAGAUGUAUGGGACAUACUGGUGGAGUGAUUACCUGGAACAAAGUUGUGAUUAUGCUUGUGUGUAUACUGAAUUUAAUUACAUCCACAUAAAUCAAACGUCCUGAAGCAAACCCAAGACAAAGAGAAAUAUACAGAAGGAUGUUUAAGUUUAGAUUCUCGUCAGGUAUUCUGUCCGCCUGCCCUGUGAACCCCUGACCAUGACCUUUCCUUCACUGUCACUCAGGAUGAUUAACAGUCAGUGCAGAGGUCAAGGUUCAGCUGUGCAGCCUUAAACUGUUUAGAUCUUAUAGCCAGCUUUCUACCACACUGUUUUCCUUUGAAAUAUUUAAAACAAAUUUUCCCAGGUCAGUGUUGUCCCAUUUCGCUCCGUAUGGUUGUAGGUCCUCCCUGUUUCUUUUUGAUUUGUUGGACUGAAAAGAUUUCCUGUUUGAUGUGAUUGCUCCACACUUCCUGCUGCCUAUUAUUCACUUCACAGACGCUGAAUUUCAGAUAAGAGCCUGACAAAUUUCACAUAUAACCUUAAUCUUAUCAUCCUUUGUACGGCACCACCUCCCUCCCUUUCUCUUUCUUCUCCUCUGUUCUGUAUUUCUCUCACUCCCCUGCGAAGAUUAGGUGAUAGUGAACAGCUAUUGUUUUGGCGGAGUCUUUGAGAGCGUUGCUUAAAGGCUGAUGCAGCUCACCUACUAGGGAGGAGAUGCCUAUUUCAUCCAUUUAAAGGCUAAAAUGUUACACAUCAUGAAUCCAAUUUUCUCUGCCUUUUCUCUCUGAAGGCAGGGAUUAAAGCCGAGCUGUCAGCUGGCACGCCAGAUCUUAAGUCAACCCGCGGAUGUGUGCGAUACUGUGCUCAGCUCGGCUCAGGCAGUAUCUAGAAUCUCUCAGCUUCUAAUUUAGCAUUAGGCUCAGUAAGCAAAAUCACAUGCAGUUUCAAUUAGAUAAGUAACUAACUGCUGUGGGUUUAUAUGAAUCAACCUCUUCGGAGCGGGAAAAGGCCAAUCAGAGUUGUUAAAAAGAAGCAGUGCAGAAGUGUGUCAUUGACGUCGAUAAGAAAGAGUUUUAAAGGAGAAUAUAUCUUAUCUGAGAGCUUUGACUUUUGGUCUAAAAGUUGACUCUUUAACUACAUAUUUUGAAAUUUUUCAUUUUGUAAAAUAAAAACUAACCAACGUGUCUGAAUGGCUCCUAGAUUGCUGGUAAACUUUUCACUCUUUGCUAAUUUAAACCCACUAAAUGUCAACAAGCUUCUUAAAAAAUGCUCCUCCUCAUUACUGGACUCCCAGGUUUUAAAGUUCACUGCAUUUAAUUGGAGUUUUAUAGGAUAAUACGAGGUAAAAAGCCCUUUUAAAGGAGAACCAUUCCUCUCGGUCUCUCUCAGGGAAGCUCCUCUCCUUCCAAAGUGCGCUCUCACUGUCUCUGGCGGCAGACUAAUGGCAGCUUCUAGUGGGCUUAUUUGGGUUUAAUGUGGCAUAAUGAGGUUAGGUAAUUGGGUUUAGGUCAAGUUGUAAAACAGGUUCAGAGGAGACAGAGAUGUGAAGAUCAUGUAAAUGAGUGGUGUUAGAUCGCUGACGGCUCACACCAGCGGCUACUCAAAGACUUCUCAAAGCGUGUAUCGCACAAGCCCGAGCUCAUUCCGGCUUUUUCCAAACGGUCUCCGCAACCUUAAGUCAUUCAGGAGCAUCAAUUAAGAAAACACUCCUACAAGUGCUAAGUGGUCUUAGGAGGAAUGCCGCCAUGUUAAUGCCAUCUCUGUAUCAUUUCAUCACUCACGUCUGUCCUCUUAGAUUCCCAUCAUCCCCAUCCCUCCUUGUAAAUAUCAAAUCAUGUAUCAUAUAUUAUUUAAGAGCAGGGAAGUUAAUGAACAUAUUAAAAAAAAGGCGGCAUCCCCUCAGCAAUUUGGAGCCAAUUAUUAAAAUUUGUUAAAAGGCAUGACUAAUUAAAGAGGAUAUUUAAAUGGGAUUGAAUUUUAAUGCUUUUUUUUUCUCCCUCCUUAUUACCUUUGUGGCAGGGUUAAGAUGAGAGGAUGUUGAGAUUAGAUAUUCUCACACUAAUUAAGACCAAGGAUCCCCUGGGAAGAGAGUGAGGGCCUCCUCAUUCUCCCCCUCCGCUCUCCCUCCAUCCUCCCUUUCCCCCCCCUGCAGUGCUGGACAACUGGGGCCCGCAGGAGAGGCACAGCUGGGAUUAAGAUGAAACCAGGGAUGGGAUGCGACGUCCUUCCUUCACAUCUCCUCUCCCUUUUCUUCCGAUUGUCUCCCAUCCUUCGCUCCCCAUGGGGCCAUCGCUGAUGACACGUUAACCUUUGAGGUUGUCAGGCCAUGAGAGAGGAGAGAUUCUCACAUUAGGAUUAACUUUGGUCCUUUAAUUAAACACAUGAACGUGCUGAUGAACAGAUCCAUCUGAUACUCUGGACCAGAGGAACUAUGUUGGUUUUUUUUUUUAGUGCAGACGAAUCAGUGUUUUCUCUACUGUGGUGGCAUUAGUGUCACAACAACGUGUCACUCAGUGUAGGUCAUCACCUGCUUGUUCUGAAUCGUCAUUAAAAAAAGAAAUGGAUGGUGUUGGACAGCUAUUACUGUUGAUUCUCUUUGUAUCUCUGCCCACAUAUUUGUGGAUAACAAUCUGGCUUGGAAUUUCCUAAAAUUAAGCCUUUUACACUCAUUUCCUGUUAUGUUGUUAGUGCUCCAUUGUUUGUUAAAAGCACCUGGUAUUCCAGGCUUUUAUUUUUUUGCAGAACAGAAGGAAGACGUAGGCAGCGCUUUUAUUGUGGAGGGAGCUGUUUACAGGGUGAGAUAGAGUUCAGAGCAGCAGGCAUCCAGAGCACAGAGUGUGGAUUUAGUGUCACAAAAAUCCAAAAGCUCAAACAUUCACUUUUUAGAGUCCCACUUCAGUCUUUUUUUACUACUUUAAGUGUUCUCAGUGGUCUUUAAACUGUGAUUUUGAAGUUUUUACUAAAAAUCACAUUACCUGUAUCAUUUUCAAGGGCUUUUCCUCUGCACAGCUCCAGUAGAUCAUUAGCAAUUCACCUCUGAGUCGUGGGCAGAGACAGCCCUGCUCUGCAGACUCGUCUUUGCGUUAGCUUGCAGCCUAACGUUGUCACUGUAGUAGAAGUGGCAGGUAACAUAGGAGCUAUUCAGCUCUCAGACACUAAUGCCUUUAGGGGCAUGAAAAUUAAUAUCAUAAUUAGCUUUCGUACAAGUAUUGCAAUCUGCAAAUGCACAGGCUUGUUCCGCGAUCGUCCGCUGUAUUUCUCUUCUAUAUGCAGAGUGUGGCCUGUAUAGCGGGGCUCCGGGGGCGGAGCUUUGAUUGGUUACGUAUGAAAUCUCACUGUUUCUGAACCUGCCGUUUGGGUCUGCCAGAGAUUCACAGCGAUUUGAAUGAAGAAAUAUUCAGAAAAGCAAUUUCGCUUUUAGUUUUCUUAUGAUAUGUCCUGUAUCAUCAGAAAAAUGCCAUAUGAACAUGUAAAAAAACAGAAAAACAUGAUUUUCAUCAAAGUGGGUCUUUAAUGUAUUUGGUAAUAAUUCUGGUUUAAGUAUCCCUGACUCAAACAAAACAAUAACCAAAGUGCAGCUCUCGAAGUGAGGAUAUUAUCCGGAUAUGAAUAUUGAAGGUUAAUUCUCUUAACUAUGUGCGCAAAGACAAAAGCAAUUGAUCACAGACAGUUCAGACAUAGACUCCUUUGUUAAGGUGACCAUAUUCUCACUUCCCAAAAAAGAGGACAUGACUACGGGGGGCGGAGUCACGGAGUUGCACAAAGUUAAUUUUGAGAGUUUUUGAUUCGGAUCGAGUGUCUUUUACGCGCUUCUAACUUGGUGAGUUCACGUGACACAAAAUAGAAACUUAUACAAAACCGCAGACAUUUGAAGGAUUUUAUAAACUUCCCUGGACAGAGCCAGACAGACCCGGACAGCCCCCGAAAAAGAGGACAUGUCCGGGUAAAAGAGGACGUAUGGUCAACCUAUUCUUUGUUGUUCGCUCAUAAACAUCCUACCUUUAUGAAUACAAAGCAAAAUUGAAAGUGUCUGUUAAACACCUUUUUAGCGUGAACUAGGUGAUUUGUUUUAAAUAGUCGCUGUGUUACUUUCUAAAGUGUCAUAAAUGGUCGUGAGGUUGUAUUCUAGGAGAAUAGCAAUAUUAGGUAUUCACUCCACUCUUUCUUUUCUCUCCCAUGCUCAUGAGUCACUUCCACGCACCAUUUCAAGGGAAGGGGAGGGAAAAAAGGCAAAUAAACACAAUCUCUUUCCAGAGUUUAUGUUCUCAAAGGGAACUAGAUUGAGGAGGGGGGGCAAGGGGGCUAGAGCGGGGGGGGGGGACUCUGCGGCCAGCAAUUGAAAACUGUUGCCCUUACCCGAAGAGAUCUGUGUACACUACUCGCAAAGUCAAACAAAUAGAUCCAGGGUGCAGGUUUACGUGUGUGUUUGUGCGACUGCCCGUAAACCUCCCUGCCUGUCAUCUUCAAUCACUGUUUUCUGUUCCUGAUCAGACCUCUCUCCCCUCUCUUUCCAUACUUGUGUCGGUGGAAAAUGGUGUUUGUGUGUGUGUGUGUGUAUCUCUAACUUUCUGUUUUGUGUUGCCUGUUUGUGUAUGUCUGUGUGUGUGUUUCCCAUGUGGGUGCCAGGCCUGGAUCCAGAGAAACACCUUGGGAAACCUCUGGCCGAAAUGGAGCCCUAUCUGAAACAGGUCACAGACAAAAAAGACACCCUACCGUACUGUUUGCACUCAAGUUCCCCAUAUUUCUAUAUCAUGUUUCGUUUUUCCAUAUUAAAAAUGUUACAUGAUUAAGAAGUGAAGUAAAGAAGUAAGAAUCAAUAAACCACAGAUAGAUGACUAACUGGAUGUUUCCUUUGUAUUGAUUUGGAUGACAAGCAAUAGCGUCUUCCAAAGGGUUUUAGUCGGGUAAAAUUGACAUUGAUGCCUUUUGUAUGAGCUUGAAAAACAAACAAGACUAUCAAAAACAAACUGACUCUUUGUAAAAAGUUACAUUUAAGCAGCAAGUUGGAGAAACAGCCCUAUUUUCACAUUUUCCACAACAAUAAUUCACGUUGAAUGAUUCAUUUGACUGUCAGGAGAGAGCAGAGUGAGCUUCAUUUAAAAUUUUCUUAAAGCUCCUGUAAAGAACUUUUGGUUUGUUUUAAUUUUGGCGCCCCCUGUGGACAAAAGCCCAUCCUGUACACGUGUUUUGGCAGGGUGCUUUUUACCGCUCUGUCUUACACCUACCAUGAAAGCAGUUGCAUGCAUUCAAAAUAACAACAUAAACAAUCAGUCUUUUUGCUGACGGUCUCUUGUUUUUUUCUGGGUCACAUAAAGGCAUCUGUAUUGAUUUCAGUCUGUUUCAGCCAAAAAACCUUCGCCGAGGCUUUAAUGUGGUGUUUGUUUCUACUGAUCAGCUCUCCCAGAAGUACGGAGUUCAUAUUUGUGGAGAAGGAGGUGAAUAUGAAACCUUCACCCUUGAUUGCCCCCUCUUCAAAAAGAAGAUCGUCAUGUGAGUAAAGAAAUAAACUUGAAAUAAUCUCAAUGUUUUAAAACUCUAUAUUUUUUUUCUCGACCAUUCAAGUUUGAAAGAAGUUUAUUUUAUGAGCAAAAGUUUUAUUGGGUGUGUUCAUGCGCAGUGAUGCAGCGGAGACAGUGAUCCACUCAGCAGAUGCUUUUGCUCCAGUUGGCUACCUUCGCUUCAACGGGAUGCACACGGAGAGCAAAGACGGCGUGAGUGAAACUUCUGGAAGAAUGCAUGAGUGGAUCUUGUUCAGCAAUUAAGAACAAUGCCGCCUAAUCGUGAAACAAUCAUUUUCAUCCCAAAAGUUUGAAUGGCUGUGGGGUAGAUUACUUUAACACUAAAAAACAGUGGCAAAAACAAAACCUUUCAAUGUCUGAUAAGUUUGUCAAGCAGAAGAUGAAGAAGAAGAGAAACACGGCCCUGCAGGGCACGGUUCAGAUCGACCUCCAGAGGGGCCUCCCUUUUCUCUGCACACACUCUCGCUCACGGUCUCUCCCUACAUCGCUCGCUCUCCCUCUCUCCUCUAGCUCCACAUGGCCUACUUUGACGUCUGCAAUAUUCACUGCAGCCUGAAACUAGGCCCAGCUUAAUAAACAUGUCCGCUCACAUUAAGGCGCUUUGCAUUCAGGUAGCUGGCUAAGCAGACGCAGACAGAGGGGGGUUGCGGGGUGGUUUAGUUGAAAUUAGCUUUUGGUGUAUUGGAAGGAGUUAAUCAGGGCAUCAGAGAAAAGAAGUGUGACACAUGAAAUGUUGUACUUUCCCUACAAGACCAGGCAGCUUAUAAUCCUUAAAUUAUUGUCUGAAAUUCUGUAAUAGAGACUCCUUUGUGUGUGUUUUUAAUUACUGUGGUUUCCACUGUCUGGUUGGAUAAGACACCUCCUUACUGAUGAGUUUUCCUGCCAACAAAAAGUGCUACUUGAACCCUGUUAUAUUUGCUGCAGCGAGCCGAGAGUCUAAAAGUUACACCGGAGGUUAAUUCUCGCCUGUAACUUGAUGUGUCUUCUCGGUAAAGCGUGUGAUUCGCACGUGUGUUUAUGCACACGUGAUAAUGUAUAUAUCUGACUUUUUUUUGAGUGCAGAUCUGCUCCUAUUUGUAGACUUGCUUGUGUGUGUAUGUGUGUGUUUAUCUGCAUGUUGUGUGGGGGGCUGGGGCUGUUAUGGACAGAAAACAUACCCCCAUCCCACAACCUCUAUGACCCUGCAGCCUCACUGCACCCCUACAGCUAUAUAUUUUUUCACUCCCCACGCCGCCCCGCUCCCACCCACCCCCCAAUCACACAAACACAGACACGCAUGCACGCACGCUCACACAGACCCUGUAGCCCCCCCUAGGUUGCAAGAGAGAAAGCAGGGAGAUCCAGAGCCUAUGAGGAGGGGAGGAGGGGCGGGGGCAACCAGGGGAGAACCUGCCCUGGUUCAGCCUUCUGAAACUCUUCUCGUCAGGGUGACAGAUCGGCGGUGACACCAGCACUAGAGGAAACCUUACCGGGCUCAGGGGGUGGGGAAGGACCACCAUCAUUUGCCCUCCGUUAAUGCUAGUCAAGCUAUUUUUCAUGCUGGCCAGAAGAGAGGGGCUGAAGUAUAAUUAAUUUGAUUAUCAUAUGGCCUAAUGCAGUUGACAGCAGAUGAAGGGGGGCUGAAUGAGUGUCGGGCAGGGCGAGGAAGACCCGUUACAAAGAUAUGAAAUAUGUAUUUAAAUGCAUGAUGGCCCAGCAGAAUUUGGCAGGUAAUAUGUACGCCUUAGAGAAUGGUUAUGAUGGUUAUUUAAAUAAGUACAAGCAAAGUAUAAAUAAACAGAAGAAGGGGAAAAAAAGAGGAUGAAAUCUAAAACACAUCUCAGCCAUCCAGUCAUGAGUUUUGACUGACAGCUGGCAUGAUUGAAUCUACAGUAUCAGAAAACACCGUUCCCUAUUCGCCUGAACUGUGAAUAUGUUAGUUGGUUGUUUCAUAUUCAUUCACCUUGAAGUUAUGUCUGUCUGAGCCCUUGUCAUGAAAGACUGACACACAGUAUUUGUAUAUAUAUAUAAAAAAAGGGACUGACUAAUUAUACAGCGUUUUGUCUGUCUUUGAAAAAGGCUGAGUGCUUUUUGGUGGGCGUUUGGCCUGAUGUAUUCCCUGCGGUGCUUUAUUGCAGGAUGUGGUGGCGAGCGCUUUGCCCCGUGGUAGUUGUCCUUGCCAGAGCGCCAUUGACAAGAUGACUGAGGAGGUGGAAUAUGCUGAUCAAGCUGAAGACAACCGGCAAGAAUUUACAUCAAAUUGUGACCUUAGUUGUCAGCGGGGCCAGGGUGAGACUCAUUUAUGGUGAAACAUGCACACGCUGACAUGCGUGCCUGAGUGUGUGUGUCUGUGUGUGUCUGUGUGUGUCAGAUGAUGUCUGUGUGCUGUGUUUGCUCAUUGAAUCUGUGUCAUACGGCCGGCAUCAUGAUGCUAGUAUUUCUGAGUGACUGUUUGACAAGAGGGUGUCAUUUCAGCAGUGUGUUUGUGACAGUUUGUGAAUUCAUUUCUUCUCUGACAUGGACCACCUAUGCAUGGAUUACAGCUGGAUCUCCUACGCAGCAUCCUUCCUGUUUCUAAAUGAGGAUAAAAAUCAAAAACUUCAGUGGUCACUUGGAUAUGACGGAGUAUUAGGGCCACAUUAAGAAAAAAAAAAUAAGACUUUGAUAUUAAAGUCAUUAACUUAUAAGAAUAAAGUCAUUACUAAUGAGAAUAAAGUUGUGAUAAAGUAAUUACUUAAGAGAGUAAAGUCAGAAUCAAGUCCUUAUAUUCUAACCUGCUUUUUAAGAUGACAGUUGUUGAAAUGAGAGAAAAUCAUGAAAUGUACGUCAAUAUAGAUUUCUCAAACAAGAAGAUACUUAAUCUUUUGCACAUCAGCACCACGUUAUCAUAGGUAUCAUAAUGAUUUUACUACGACUUUAUCCUCGUAAGUAAUUACUCUAUUACGAUUCUAUUCGCGUAAGAAAUGAAUUUAUUACGACUUUAUUCUGGUAAGUAAUUACUUAAAUACGUAAUUACUUUAUUUCGACUGUAUUCUCGUAAGAAAUGAUUUUAUUACGACUUUAUUCUCGUAAAUAAUUGCUUCAUUACGAUAUUCUCGUAAUUAUUUUAUUAUGACUUUAUUCUCAUAAGUAAUGGUUUUAGUACGACUUUAUUCUCAUAAAUAAUUGCUUUAUUAUGACUUUAUUCUCUUAAGUAAUGAGUUAAUUCUCGUAAAUCAACGACUUUAAUCUCAAAGUCUCCUAUCUUUUGUCUUAAUGUGGCCCUAAUACUCCGCCGUACUUGGAUAACCCUGAUCCUCGUUCCUUAUAUUUUCCUGCAGGUCUUCUUCCGUCUGUCUCACCCAAAAGCUCCAAAGGCUACCAGUGGAUCUCCGGCAUCAACGGUCUUCAGAGCCAAGAACCCGGGAUCCAGGGCCAAACUUGGGCCGCUUUCACCCAGCUGCAAGGUAAUGGAGAGAAAAUAUUGAGCAAUAGAGUGAAUGCUUUUUGAAGAACAUGGUGUGUGUGCUUUUGAAUAAGAGUCAGCUAGAGAAUUCUUUUUAGCCUCACUCACACAAGGCACACAAAACGACACUCACAAGUAAACUAACCUUUAAUAAGUCAUGCUUUUCUCCGAUCAAAAAAAAGAUUGCAUCUUUGAUAUGAUCAAGGGGAGAUGAUACAGAAUUCCUUUGUCCAGGGGUGAUUGAAGCAGCUCAGUCAAAUGGAUUCUUCAGGGGCUUUCUGUUCAAAAAUCUGCACAACUAACCCGUAAAGAUCCGAUAGAGAGAAACAUAUGGGGGAGAACUUCUUCGUCCCUUGGGUGUCUUUCUUUCUUUCUCCUUGCUGUGUUUGCUAAAGACGCAGGAGGAGGAGGAGGAGGUGUGGCGAAAGCUUGAGAAGUCGUUCCUUAUUCAAGAGUGCUUGUCAACCCAGCAGGCAAAAUCCUGCGUGUCACAGACUCCGACCGUCACAAGUACGGGAUAGCGUGCUGGCCAUCAAACAAGGACAAGCAUUUCAAAUUAAACAAAAGCAAGCAUCUCUAAACACACACACACAUGCACACGCACACAGACAGUACAGCCGUGUUGGGUGGGUUAUCUCUUUUGCCCCGCAGAAGUUUAAAAGUGUAUGCUUUACAUUGAAUCUGGGUCUUUUUUCCCCUCUUCUUCUCUUUUUUGAUGGAGUAAAGGGAGCGAAAGAUGAAAAGCAUAUUUAAUGUUUAUCGUGGUGCUCGGCUGAACAGCCUUCACAGUGCAGAGACAAUAUUAAACAAGUUAAUAUUUAAUGAACAACCUCUUUGUAUGAGGGCGAAGUAGUCUGAGACGCCAGUGUUGGCAAAGGAAAAACAAACUUGAAGCUCUUUCAGAUGGUUGUAGGGAGAAAGGCUUUGCUUUGAGCCGCUGCGCCGGCAUUUGUAUCCAAAGCCUACAAUGUGUACACAUACUGUGAAAGACUUUUAUGCACUUAAGGGAUGGGGACAGUGUCAGAGGAAAGGCUUUGAAAUUACUCAUCUCUUAACAGACAGCAGUGAUAUUAUUAAAAAUGACUAUUUCAACAGACUGAGCUGAUCCUAGGUUUGUAAACUCUGUAAGCACGCAAGCAAAUGCCUCUACACUGACACAGACUUCAUGAAUUUGGGGCAACGUUGACAUUGUGGUACAGAAAAAAAAAAGAAGAGGAAAAAGAAACAAGAAAAAUACACAGUCCUGAGUAAGUUAGGAGAAGUCCAGCGAAACCACAAGUCUCAGAAAACAUUUGCACGCAAUUUGACCGGAGAAAAACAAGUGUGUAUCGCAGCAAAAUGUGGCAGUUCAUUUUAAGUUGCACAACAUUUGUGUGUUUUACCUUUUCAAAGUGGGUUUUAUUUUGAAAUGUGUUGCUUUUUAACUGGAAUGCCCUUCGUAUCCCUCAGGCUGUUUUAAAAAAACAUCGAACAACAUAAAUAUGAAUGAGAAGGAGAGUAGUUUUAUGGCUGUAACGUUCAGGAGGUGUCACACAGCAGUGACUCACAGUAUAAUGUUUUGACUGCAUCCAGGUGAGUUGGACAGCAGGGGCUGGAGGAUGAAGGACAUCAUCCUGGUUCACCUGUAUGUAAGGAGCAUGGACGACUUUGGUCCACUCAACGCUGUUUACAAGCAACACUUUGACAUAAACCCUCCAGCCAGGUCGGGUUCAAACACACACACACACACACACACACACACACAUACACACACACACACACCACACACACAUACACACACCUUUCAUUAAGUUUCUUAUGAUUCAAACUCUUUCAUAAAAGUCAUUAAAGUUUUUUAAAAAGUAGUUUCUGCUCUUUUUACAUGUUUUUAUUUCUAAUGUUUCUUGCAGGGUUUGUGUUCAGGCUUCUUUACCUGCUGGCCAGCUGCUGCAGAUAGACUGCCUGCUUCAUGACUGGACUGAACCCCUCGAGGAAGGCUGCUUCCAUCAGAAAGAUGCCCUGCAUGUCCAGAGUCUGUCCCACUGGGCCCCAGCUAACAUCGGGCCCUACAGCCAGGCCCUCAGGGUAAGUCUAAAAAGUCCAAAACAGAAAGAUUUGUGCUUCAACUGGUGGCUUAGAGUUCUGAGAGUUAAAAUUCGCUCGAGGCCACAAAGGCUUUGCUCUUCAGGUUAUCAUUUUAGCAUUAAUCUUUCCUUUGGAAAUGAGCUUUACAGGUUAGUGGGUCAUUUAUAGUUGCAGUUGAGUAAUUGGAAUUAUUUUCUGCUCACUUUAACAAAGUUGGUCUAAUAACCUGUUUGCAAAUGUUAAAGAAUCAUCCAUUAAUAUCUUUGAUCCUUGUCUGCUGGCUAAGCCACUAAACACAGACAUCAUUAUCCUUGUGUGAUGUUAGCUGAGCAGUUAAAACUUCUGCAAGGAUAGCGAUGGAUUAAUGGAGGAAUACCUGAGGAUUUAUUUGGUGAAUGAUGAAUCUCGCUGCUGAUUCCUAUGAAGCUUUGUUGGUCUUUACUUUUACAAGCAAUUCAAGAGUCUCAGAUUACCUAAAAUACUUCCAGUGUGUCUUUGUUGUCUGUGUUUAUGUAUAGAUGCAUGCGUGCAGAUGCAUGUGAUUGUUGCUUUGUGCGAUAGUUUGUCCUCAUUACUGCUUUUAUGUAUACAUGUAAAUAUGUCUCCUUCUUAUAUUUGCUGGUGUGUAUUCAUUUUUGCACUUGUUUGUAAAGCUACAAGUUAAACUUCUUUCAUAUUGUUUCAAACGGAGAAAGAAUGUCGUAUUCAAAGGCAGAGCAGAGGAAGUGUGGGCCGCGGUUGCACGGUUGGCUUGGUGUUUUGUUUACCUAGUGUGUAUUAUAUGGGAUUACACUUGUCAAGGUACUGUCAACAAGGAUAGUGUCCAUCUCCUCCACACUGUCCUUGAUCCUACAGCCAAAUCCGUCUAUGAGUGAGAACAUGUGUGGAUUAGCCGUUCGUUUCGAGCCUGACGGCAUAUCUCACCAGUGUGUCACUGAAGCUCAGAGGAUCUUGUGCUGUUUGAAUUCCUGAGAUGUAACCUACAGAGUCAGUUUCUUUUAACAUGCCAGUAGUGUUUGAUUUUCUCAAUGGAGUCUCAUUGAAACAUGAAAUCGAAGUCAGCUGUGGGCAUGUGCCGUUGCCUCUGGAAAACAGUCUAAUCUCUCAUUUCUCUAAUGAUCGUUCAAAUCCAAAGCAAUUUGAGAAAACAAUGAGAGGAGUUUGCUCGCUCAGAGCGGUGCAAGGCACUUCACACGACCCCUGCGUUGCCUCUCAGUGUGUCUGCUCCUCCUCUACGCUACAAUGGCUUAAUUUGAUCAAAAAUGUAUUAACAACUCCUCAAUACAGCGCAGGGUUUUUACAUAUUGAUACAAUUACCCCCUUGCUGUGAGCGAGCAUGCAGUGCCAACCCCUCCUCUCACGACUACCAUGUUGACUCCAUCUUAAUGACGGUUUUCCUCGGUGACAGAAAAUCUGCUGUCUGAGACCAAAUAACCUGAAGCUUCUUAAUUUUGCUUUGCAUGAAGAAAACCCAUUGAUUAAAAAAAAGGAAUGUAGUUUAAGGAAUUAAUGUUGUUUUAAAUCGUCUGGGCAUGGUCAGUUUUUGCACAGCAGAAGUGUUUGUCCGAUCAGCUCUUUAGGAGUCAGUGCAUUAAGACUUAAGAGAAGAAAUGGACAGUAGCCUCUGAUAAAUGAUGCAAUCCCCAUGGAUCUUUCCUGUAGGCUAUUCAUGAUGUUAGAAAUGAUACCCAACCGUUAAGGAAUUCUGGUCGAGUCACGACCAAGCGAUAAUCGUCUUCAAGCAAUACUUUCCUUUUUUAUUGUCUUAUCCAAAAACCGAAAAAGUGACCAUAAGUAGAAAGAAAGCAAAAUUUCCCCCUAAAACUAUGUCUGCAAAAAACUUGUUGUCGUUUAUCAGUUAUUUAACACCCUUAGAGUAGCACCCUUUAAUCUGUUUCUGAUGAGUCUCAGUUUCACUGUUAAUAGUAAGUCACACAGAGGCUUCACUCUGGCUAACCUCAGUGGCAUGACCCCAAACAAAAAAAUGGUUCUGUUGUGAUUGUAUUGCAGUAAAAAGGUCUUUGAUUAUCCUUUUUUAAUAAUAACAUCAUAAUGAAGACUUGUACAAAGUAAAAUUUCAAGCUUGUUUUCAAGGAAAGAUGAAACUGAAAGCAUUUAAUAGAAGUCUGAUUAGUAAUUUCUGGUGCAUUUCGUGAAAAUCAAAACCCUGAUUGGCUUUCAUGGCACUGCAUUAAGCUGAUUUGUUGCUCUAAUUGAAAUUUUUGCACAUUUGUUUAUGGGGCUGAAAACUGUCUGUGAGAGCCAGAAUGAUCGCACAUUAGAUUGUGAUCUGCCUGCUUUUGUGCAGACUGUUUGAUUGCAAAUGCUAAAGUCUGCUGAUAUGAGGUCAAUUCCACCCAGAUUAUACUCUGCUUUCAACUCCUUAUAUGGCUUCAUGUAGAAUCUGCAAAAAGAGAUCACUGUAAAUGUGACGAAGACAAAGUGAGCUGUAAGCAGUCCAGUGUCCUGCUCUUUGAGGACUACUGUGUCCAUUUAACAAGUGUUCAGAGAUUUGAGAGCCAGCACAUGGCUACUGACAGAACAUGGCAAUCCAGCCCUGCAGGAUCUGACUGCAACCACACUCCACAGCAAAGGGUGGUGCUGGUGGAGGUGGAAAGGAAUGGCAUUAUGGAUUGGCAUGUGAUGGAUGCUGGACCUUCAAACUCCAUCCAUCUUUGCAUCUGUCUGCGUGGCGUGUCAUGUCUCUCAGCCUCAGCUCUCGGGAAUGGCAAGCUGACUGAAUGUCGGCUCAGCCUGGCGAGCUGACAGAUUCAGAUCUGACUUGAUUUAAAGAAUUAGUUAACCUUUAUCAUGUCAAAGCUGGGGCCCACUCUGUGGGUUGUAUGAUAAUGCUUGAUAUGCCAGUAGUUUAGGUAAGAGCCCCGAGCCAUACAGACAAAAACAGUGAUUUAUGCUUUGUUUUUUCAUUCCAUCCUUAUCUAAUUGACAUGUUUUUAGAUGUUGCCGUCACUGUAAUAUGUUGUAUCCGUGGUAUAAAACAUCAUUUGCAAGUGUGAUGGUAUCAAAGUUCAUGUUUCUAAUUGUUUGUUUUGCUGCCUUUUGUAUCAGAGAUCUAAUGCAAAUUUCACUUUCAUUUGUUUUAAACAUAAUUUGCAUAAUCCAAUUAAGAUAUAAGAAAUUGCACUCUUUCAUUUCAUCACUCAAUUCAUUACAAACAAAGGAUGCUCUCAGACAUCCCGUUUUUAUUACCAACAAAAAAAAAAGAAAAAAAUCAAAAGCAGUGGCAUGCUUUUAAGAGGAAUAAAAGUUAUGUCUGCAUUUUCUGUCUGUUAUUUCUUAGUGAGAGCUUUUAAACAAUUUUCUGGCAUUAACGUAAUGGCAGGGAGAAAAAAAGAGCAAGAGCCUGUGUCUUCAGCCAGCAAUGCUCUGAUUUUUUUUUUUUUUUUUUAACACAGAAAUCCAUUUGUGCUUAUAACAGAUGAUUACGCUUAGCUCCAGGAAAAUUGACCUAUGAUUUACCAGAGUCAGAGUUAACAACAGGAGUCUCAAACUGCAGGAUUUUUUCCACAUCUAUUUAGAUUAAUGCUUCCAUUCCCUUUGGAGCCACAUUUACAGAGGCAAACACAAUAGCUAACCCAGGUCUGAAUGGAAAGACUAUCAGUUGUAUGGUUGUUAAACAUCUUCUCUUUCCCGUUAAGGUAAGUGGCUCACCCCUGGGAUAUUUGCCAGGAAAUUAUACUCACUGAUCAGAUUCUGCGGGGUGUGUUUUGGGAGCUGGCUGCGCUAGCCUCAGGUUGCUGGUGAACACUAACCUCUUGCCUUAUUCCCCUAAUUGUGAGUGACAGUCAAUAUUGUGAAAGGCUGUCUAGCACAAGCACCGCGAUAGGAUUUGCAUUGGAUUUUGAAAAUUGUCAAAGUGGACUGUGAGGCAUCAGGAGGGAAGUGGAUCUGACACUGCCAAUUAGUAUCAAAGAUGGGAGCGCGCUGUGGCAGGCGGUUAAAUUUGAAUAAUCUUCUCGCGGGAGUCUUAACGUCUAAAAACAGCGAGAUCAACUUUGUCUGACCCUCUUGAUGAAAAGUUCAGAGGUCAGGCUGAGUCACGGCAAAGUUGGGCCACCCAUAAGGGGCCAAGAAAAGGCUGUAAGAGGAACUAAAAGAGGAACAUAAGUUUCCUCUGCUUCUUUAGCUUUAUGGCAAGCUUAUAAAGAGUGUUCAUGCAAGCCGAAAAGUGGAAGGAAUAAUGUGAUGAAUUACUUCAGUCUUCUAUUUUUGAUCGUCAUCAGACAUUAAAACUGUAAUAACUAUAAAAACAACUGUUGUUAACAUGCUGUUACUGUGAAAGCGUUACCAACUCAUGUUUCAAGUCAACUCUUUCUGUGUUUUUAAAAAGUCACCAAUGUCCCACCGUAUUUCUAGUCAGAAAUGUAGCAGAAAAAGUUUGUGUGGACAGCCGCUCUGCUUUAUGGUAAAAAAUCAAAAGGUUGACAGCUAAAAAUGAGCCGAUGUGGUAAGUGGGAAAGCGAAAAUUUUAGUGAUGAAUAGCAGAAAUUAAGCUAAGUGCUCCAGUUUUAUGGUUUGUUAUUCUCACCCAGACCGUUAAACCACUGUAAAAAGCCAACAAUGCACAAUUCAGCAUCCCCCCCAUCACAUCAAACAUGCCCCCACCUCCCCAAACUUCCUCUGCUUACAUCUAGAGACUCCAUCCACCUCAAUUACCACAGAAGAGUAAUUAGCCCAAAAACAGUGUGUGUGUAAGUGUGUGUGUGUGUAUGCAUCUGCGUUCAGGGAGGUAUUCAUGCAGCACGAACAGAUUAAUUAGGACAUUUAACUUCAUUUCUAAUAUAACAAAAUUAAUCCCAUAAAAAAUGAGGGAUCUCGUAGGAGGUGCUUGUCAGCAUCUGACGCCUCUCCCCUGUUUGCCAUAAUCUAUUAAAACCUUGCUUUUAUCUCACCUCUCCCCCCUGUCAUAUUUUAUGGAUUUUUUCAUAAACACGGCCCAUACUUCAUAAAUGUCUCAAUUUUCUAGUCUAUUAACAUUACUUCAAAAGCGCCUGAUAAAAGAGGAGGGCAUGCGUGAAAUAAUGCACCAAUAAUACGAAGCGCUGGAGGCUAGAACAGUAGGGGCGGCUCUCUCCGGCGUGCACACUCAGACAAUGCAAGGGAUGUUAUCAACUUUAAUAAAAGAACAAAUGAUCACUUUCAGCCGAGGAAGGAGGGGAGAUGAGGCCGGGAGGAAGAGGUGGGGCCAGGAGGGGGGGGAACAGUUGUCGAGUAAUUGAGUCGAUGAAAAAUGAGGUCUUGAAGGCUCAGCGGUUUUAGCAGGCAGGAGAUUGAAGGAUACUUAAAACUACUGUUUCCCCCAGAACAUGUACUUACUUGCUGCCAGUUCAGCAGAGGAUGUUAACAUAGAUUUGUUUUUCUUCUCAUUUGACUGAAGGCAAAAGUGGAAUCCCCUGGUUGUUUCCUCUCCUGAAUGCCAGAGUUGUGUACUUUUGUCUGGAGAGAGUCAGAGGGGCUUUUGACUGACAGUCCGGCUUCAUCUCACAACCUUUCCCCAGCGAGCAUCGAUUCAGUUCCUGUCUUUGAACAUCACCUGAGUGUGUCUCUGUAGGCUUUACUCAUCCUACCCCAAACACUGGGUCAACUGUCUGCACAUGAACCGGACACACACACAAAACACGCUGAUCAAACCCGGCAAGGCCUUAGCUCAAUGGCAUGUGCGCUGUAUGCCCUGAGGCCAGGCCUUACACAGACACACACAAAGACACACACAUACACCUGUGUGCUCUUUGUGAUGGACCAUGGCUGUAUGACAAGGUAAACUGGUUUGGUCUUUAAAAUGAGUCAUGGGUGACUCACUUUGACACACUUGUUAUGAAUGACAGGACAUGUACACAGCUUUUAAGGUGCAUUCAGUGACAUGCAAACACACAGAGAUGUGUUUACAGACACAAACUAAGUGGGCAAUCAAGCAUCAAUAAAUCAUAUCAAAACCGUCAGAGCUGAAAAGUGCAAACAACCAAUGUAAAAUACGCUGUAGUCACGAUACGAUAAUGAUGCAGUGUUGGACUUUUUGCAUCAUGCUGAAUAUUACAAUGAUGUACUUUGUUGCCAUGAGUUACAGUUUUUUGAUGAUAGUGUUCUGGUGAGGUAAAACUUUGUUGUUAUGUGUUUUGUUAAGUACAGCAAGUAUUCAGUGUGUUUAUUCUACUUAUUCUAUGGUUAGCCAACAGACAACAAUUAUAACUUAAGUAACUAAAGUAAAUUCAUCUAAACUUAAUGAUGAUGUCUUUUUUCUCUGAUCUUUAUUAAUUGGGUCUGUACUUGGUAAAGAUCUAUGAAAAAAAACGUUCACCUCUGCAUGAGUUUUUUCUUCAAUCUGACCAUAUGCAGACGACACUGUCCUUUAUGCAAAAAUUGGCACAUCCCUCAUUUCUGUCAGUGAAACUGCUCCCCCUUAGAAGUUCAUCAGCACUGGCAUAUUGUCAUAGCUCUGUCUUGCAACAAUGCUUGCGCUUUUUAACGUGGAUUAGACACUUGUCCUCCUGUAUCUGUGCACAUGCAUGUGAGAGGUCAAAUCACAUCACCUUGCAAGUGUGAUGAGGGUGCAGUUUUUGGACAUGCAGAAGGCAGUGAAGGUAAUUAUGUCCCGCUGAACCCUCUGCCACACGCCUCGUGUCCCCCUCCUCUUCCCUCCUGCUGUGACCCUGCAGAGUCUGACCCACCAUGGCAGCGGUCAUUUUCAGGAGUCAGUGCAUUCUUCUCUACAUUAUCUUGUGCCACUGCUGCUGUAGCACCACGUGGGAACGAGGCUGGUAUCAGCUUGUACCAGGCGAGGACAGGGGAAGGACUGGAUCUGUCAGAGUGUAUCGACUCUCAGGCGGCCACGUACGCCGGCGCUGCGCCUCUGCCCUGGCCCCUGCCACACUCCCACUCAUUAAUGGGCCCGGUCGUGACAACUGAUCCUAAUUGCCUUUGAACAGCUCUUCAUGUAUUAUUGGUGCCUGACUGCCUUGGCUCAUGUCAACAAGCAAUGGGAAGCAGGGACAGGGUUAGCCACAGCCAUCGCCCAGAGUCUUUUUUUACAUGCUGAAUGAUGGAGGAAAUACAAAUACACUCAAUAUGCAAAAGAUAUAAAGUAUUUUCUGAUUACCUGAAAGUCUUAAGAAGCGGAGGUUAGCAUCCUUUUUAACAGGAGUCUCUUACUAUAGAAAAUAUAUCUAAAAGUUAACUGUAAUUAAAAUUUAUGUGAUCAUUCGUAUCAUUUUUUGAUUAAUAGUAGACCGAUAUUUAGUUCAAAAGAACCACUAGCUCUACAUAUGUGUGUGUGUGCUUGUUUGUUUCCCACUUUGUCACUGCUGAUGAGCGUUGGAGGGGUGAAUGGUUCAUAGACAACAAGAAGGCAUCUGAAAAGCGUCAUGCACAGAUCCCACCACCGCAGAUAUCUGCCAAGACACUCACGCUAUUACAAUUGCAAUCACAAGCACUCAGUCAAAACACAUCAUUAUUUGUAGUCCCAUGUGUGAAUUAUCACCCCAUAUCCAACUAUUUACUUCCCAUUUCACCCCUCUAUUUGAAUAGGGAGAAAGGAGAAGUGGGGUGCCUUGACUUUUUUUUUUAUUUGUGGAAUGAAAUAACUGAAUAGCAAAUGCAUAGAUAAAAAGCAUAGCGGCGUGUCCUGUCCACUCCCAUCACUGUCUGAGAGAGGAGAGACGUAUGACCAUCCCAUUACUAUGGUAACUAGCCACUAUAUUCAGAGCUGCCCGGGUGUGUUUCUUCCCCCUGCAGUGACGAGAGGGCAUAGCUGACAGGGUCUGCACACUUACACACUCACACACACACACACACACACACACAUGCACUCACAGUCUAAAGGAUGCUCCUUGAGAAAUAUACACAUUUGUAGCAAACACAGACAAAACAAUACAGAGGCCAGUCCCACACAUACUAAUGCAGAGGCAUAGAAGCUGUAAUGAGGAACAAUGUUGGGGAGAAAGUAACCCAAUACUUUUACAUACAUUUAAGUCCUAGCAGAAAUAAUUACCCUAAACAGCAGACAUGGAAAUAUGACAUUUAUGAUAACGCCGUAAAACAUGAAAUUCUCGGCUUUUAGUAUUUUUAUUUUGCACUGCUGUCACUGUAAGUGUGAUUUUUUUAGCAGAGGGUAGACAAAUCGUGAUGUGAGUAUCUUUUACACUCCAUCUUUGUCUUUAAAUUUUUACUAUGGUCUAUUACAUGUUGCACAUGCCUCUUGUAAAAGUGAUUCUUAUGUACACAUGCAACAGCUGUGCCGCGCUGUUGCCAUUUUAUCUUCAUUUGUCAAAGGAAUUUUUCAGCAGUGCCACAUUCUCAGACUCAGACAAGAGUCAGCAUUUCCACUCUGUUUUCUUUUCGGCUACUUACUUCGUCAAACAUUUAAAACAGAGCAGUUUUUCUAAGCUGUAGCUUUUGACCGGGGUCAUUUAUUUUUCAAAUGCAGUUUUCAUCAAAACAUGCUUUACACGAGUGAAAACUGCUACGGUUAGAUAAUAUACAGCUCCCUGGGCUUCUCGGUGGACGUUUCAGCGUGUUCACUUUUAGAAUAUAUUAUUUAUUAACACUGUGGAUUUAUUAUGUAAGAGGAUGUCUGGCCUGGUGAGUGUAGAUAAUAUAAUAAAGUUGAGAUGCUUCUUUCAACACUAUUUAGAGAAAACCUUUUUUUGACCAUGCCAGGAUUUAUGGAGUUGAAUUUGAUGCUCUGACACGAUUGUUAAUAUGUCCAUGUUUAUUUUUUUGAGUAGGGGUUUGUUUUUGUGAUUGUUUUUAGAAAUUCAAGUCAUUGCAUUUAAUAUCUUUAGCAUAGAAAUAUAACUGUAAUAUAUUGUUUCUAUUUCCUCUAAUGUAAAUGUUGCAUAAUUUGAAGGUAUAUACACAUUAAUUUCAUGGAGGUAUUUCUGCUUGGAUUUUAUUUUUAAUUCUAAUGGAAUCUUUUAAAGCAAAAUCAGUAUUUGUUCAGAAUAAUAACUGAAAUAUUUCCUCCUUUUUGUGUGUUUUCCUUUUAUUUUUCAUCCAUUCAUGUGUCUGUUUAGUGCUGGUGGAAUUUUAGGGCUUAUUUAUCAUAUUGCUUGACUUUGUGAAAAAGGGAAAAAAAGGAGAAUCCAUGAAGAGUUGCAAUGCUGUCUCGCCUGCUUGUUUUUGAAUUGGGUGGACUUGGUAUGAACAGCCGUGUUGAGGCUCCAGCUGCCUUUUUAAAUGCAGUCAUACUGCCAUCUGUUGAGACGAGGAGGGACUGCACCUCUGUCUUUACAUGUACAUCAGUUUCUUGUUCAUUCUGUCCUUUCUUUUCUUUGUUCGUCUCUUGUCAAUCUUUAAUUUCUGAAUACUGAAACGCAGCAGCAGAGUAGCAACAAGACAGGAAAAGGAAGAGAGAGUAUGUGUUUGAGUUUAACUGGAUGAUUUGGAUGCUGAGGGUGUUUCAGCAGCUUCAUGUUGCCGGGUCGAAGGCUGAUUUGUUUUUGACAUUCACACUGUCUGGCCCUGAAUAUAUAAUAUACACUGUGGUCAGAUUGUUCGUGUCGUACUCAAACACAGACUCACUAAACUUCACUCCUUGUGACAGUUACACUUAAAUGGUUGUGCCGCAGCACAGAGUCUUGACAUAAUUCUUUUGUGCCCAGGUUAAGUUAGUGCUUCAAUGACCUGCUAGACAGAGAGACGGAGCUCUAAAAUGAGGAAAAAUAUGAAAAGACAGAAGAGACGAGGUGGUCACAGCUGGGAAGGGAGGAUGAUACGGGGGUUGAGGGUUGCAGUUUCAGCAUCAUUCAAUCAGACAACAUGCCCCUCAGCUGAAACAGCGAGACCCUCCCUGAUUCUCUCGAAUUAGGCAGAUUAGCAGGAAAGCGCAUAAUGCAGGAUGAUGGAAUUUGUCAUAAUUUGCAUUGUCCUGGAAAGAUUUGGUUUGAUAGAGCGAUGCAUGGAGGGGCUUGUCAUGUCCCACGGGCAGGUCAUAGAGGAAGCUUGGCAGAAAUGAUUUUUGCGAUAUGUGCAUCAGUCGUAAAAGCCUCACAACCAAUUUGUCAAAAAAUGUGAGGUCGGGACAGUUGAAGGGAGCAGGGCAUUUUGCCUACCGCAAUGAAAAAGCAUGCCUCUCCAUCACUCUUUAUCCACAGCCCAACUCUACAGCUCUACAGUACUCACACAGCAGACAUUGUUUUACAUGAGCUUUGAUCGGAUGUUGUCUUCUUUAUUUUCUGAAACAGUACACUAACACAUGAAUCGAACACAAAACAAGUUUGAUCAAGGUUUAUUUCUUUUGCUCGUGGUUUUCUUUUUUUCUGUCCGAGGAAGGGGUUUAUUUAUUUAUUCGUUUAUUCAUGCCUGUUGGCGUUCAGAUGUGUCUCCCAGAGCACCCGGCAGUCAGCCUCCCCUGACCUUGGCUGUACCACUGAGCGGCAGCUCCUGACCAGCAUAAAGUUGACCAGAGCUGACAUGACAGUGUUACUCUUCCACACGGUUCAGUGUCUAUGCAGUGGGCAUGUCGAGGGCAGACAUCCAGGCACAACAAAAAAUACACAUAAGCUUGGAGAAGGUGGGGGUUGGGGAAAGGCCAGUGUCCCCCACUCAGACUGACCACACAUUGCCUCAACAAUGGCUCAUUAUCGUUGUGUAGUUUAUGAAAUUCUAUUAAAUUUAUCAUAAUAAUCUUUGGUUUUAAGCGUUUGCUCGUGUUUUCCUUCCUAUGAGUGUACAGUUUCAGACCUGAAAGAUUGCAUCCAGAAAUUCUGUAUGCUUGCCUUUCUUUGUGCACUCCAUACGGCUAUUUAUGUCGCCGUUUAAGUAACACUGAUUUUGUGUGACAGUUGAGCAUACAGGGGUUAGGCUCAAACUGGAGCACAAACAGGAAGCGAAAAAUAGAGAUAGGAGAGAAGAAAAGAAAAGAGAGAAAUAAAAAAAAGGGCAAAUAUCUCCCUCCCCCUUCCCAUGAAGCCUCAAAUGAGAAGCCCAAACAUGGAGCAAGAGUCUGCGGAGGGAGGAUUGGUUGUGGUUCUCCUGAAAGGUUUGUAUUUGUAGAAAUGAGGUGUCAGAAGAGGCAGGACUUCCUCAGGGCGCAGCACAACAUGAGCCCAUCUCUUAUCAUUUCCCACUCCCAGACGUGAUCUGCUUUGAAUGUGCUAAUGCUGAAAGAGCCGCACUGACUUGAAGCCAGUUCAAGAUGAAAUCACAGCACACGUCCCUGACAAACUGCCAUCCACCACACAAGGAUUAAACAGUCGUUGCAUAUCAAAUCCCUGCCAAAAAGCAGGAAUAAUAUAUUCACUUAAAUACAUUGAACAAAACUUCAACAUCAGGUUUUUUGAUCCUCACAUUUUGAACUAUUUUGAGCUAUUUGCCAAGUCUAAAAUAUUCAAGAAAAAAGAAAAUUACCAAAAGGAAAGAGGAGUCGAGACGGAAUUCUGGAAAUUCGUCACAUGUUUUAAGAAUGUUUCAUGAGGGAUUAAAGUGAUCAAAAGACAGACCCAUUUUUAGAAAAGUUAGAAGUUUAAUUUAUCAAUUUAUGCCACUUAUUGGGUAUAGAACAAAGGUGUAAUACGCUCAUGCAUUGUAGUGUUGUUUUUUUUUAUUAUUGGUCACCAUACAAGUAGCUUACCUUAAAUUCAACUUUUAAUCUGUUGAGUUGAAGAGAUUUUCCCUACAGCUCUGAAAAUACACUUGUUUGUCUAUGCCUUUGUCUAUGGCGGGCCAAUAAACAACACCCAAAAGAUACAGAGACGUCUCUGUAAAAAGAUGAGCCAGAAUAAUUAAUUAUUACAUUUUUCAUCUAAUUAAUUGCUCUGUAUCUGACACCACCAUCAUCCUUUCACUUUGGCUACAUGUGUCCUUUCAUGAGGGAAAAGUUGCACCAUAUGAAUCCAACCUAUUUUACACAUUUUGUAUCCUCAUUUUCCUGCUUAAAUUAUGCAUGAGGUCUCAAUGGGGAGAAAUGUGACCAUUAGCAUAUCUGAUAGGAGCAGUUUUCCACCUCUCUCUGUCCUUGGAACCAGACUGAAAAACCUGACUGUUCGUCGAUACCAGGUUAUUUUAUCCAGGCGGGCUCUGUUCAUCCAUACCACUCCAGAGCGAAGCUAAUGACACUUGGAGACACCUUUAACACCAAUGUGAAUAUAGUCUGGCACUGUCUGGUCAUCUCUGGAAGCUCUUUGACAAAAAAAGUGCAAUUAGAAACACCUAAGACACUCCAUCCUGAAACAAGACACCAUUAACUGGUUGGAAGCGGACACUGCUAGGCGCUACCUGGGUACAUUAACAUGUAUGUGGUGUCUACACAGGGAUGGACAGAGACAGUGUCUUUGAAUGGGUUGACCUUUUGACAUGUCAUUUGGUUUUUCGGGGGUUAUUGUAACGAUAAAGUAAAAGGUCGAAUGAGGAAAAAUUCAGGAUAGAGUUGUGAUCCAUUAUUUGGCUUUUUGAAGUAAAUUCUUAAAUCUGUGUCAUAAUUCACAGUUUCAUGCCUUUGUCUUUUUACAUAUUUGUUUGCAAUAUGUUCUAUUUUAGUUACUAUCUUUACACAUUUUCACUGAAUUCACUGUUUGUAAAGAUCACAUCACUCAGGGCAGGCAGGGGUGCAUCUGAAAAGUAUCAGUGACUCCAAAUAUGGUUUGAAAUACCAAAUUAGCUGGAGAAAUUCUUGAUCUUCUACAACGGAAAAAGGUUGGUCUUCACGCGCUGUAAAUUCAGUGAUUUUGUCAUCAACUGCAUCAUCUUUUGGUUCGUCUCUGGAAAACUCGCAGCUUCUCAAAUGCCUGUACAACUUUAGAUUACUUUUCAGAUGACUAGUGAGCAUUUUUGUGUUAAAACUUUCCCCCUCAUGGAAUUCUUGGGUCAUGUGUUCUGCAUGUUGCAGAUGUGAGUUAUUCUCCUCUGAAGAAGUAAAAAUCUUCCACACUCAUAAUGCCACUUUUACUCUCUAAUCAGCUUGUUCUAGCUAAGCUGGUUGUUGUACUUCUCUGUAUGUAAAGGCUGAUCAAAUACAGCCACCUAUUGUAUCAGAAGCUCAUGAGUGAGUAAAUGAAAACAGCUUUUAUUGGUUGUUUUUGUUCGACGUUUGUGUUCAUUAGUAAAAUACUGGAUAUUGAUUUAUCAGAAUGCUGUAUGUCCUGCAUAUCUAGUUUACAAAUCUUUUAAUUUUGAGAAAGAAACAUUUGAAUACUUGACCACACAGGAGAAAAGGGGCCUCAACUCAUCAGUGUUUGUUUUCUAAAAUCAAAUAUCAAAAAUUGAUAACCGCCCGGGUUUUAACGAUAAGAAUUUUAGGUGUUCUUUUCUAACUGUUGUGUUUAUGUAAAACCUGUAAAACUAUGACAGCAAAUGUCCACUGUAUCAAAAACCUAAAAAAAAACACACUAGGAUUCAAAGUGUUGAUUCGCAGGCUCUUUUCUCUGUGGGCCAUUUAGACCACUAAGGCUUACAUUUGAAAAAUACUUACCUUGUUAUAGAAAGUUUAAUGUCAUACGCAAUUGUUUGACCCUUAUGAAUAUUAAAGGACCGCCAUCUCUAGCCUAUUAAAAAUGCAUGCGGCAUUGUGGUUGUUGAUCACGUUUAGAACGCCCAUGCAAAUUGGACUGUCUUCUCUGUCAGGGCCUAAGAUGAAUAAUGUAGUUGUGUUGUAUAUUCAGGGACACACCAUUGACAGUCAAUUAACAAGUUUGAUUGGUGUGUGAACUCAUUCUUUUGAACUGUUAAUUUUAUGUAAAUAGUAUUCGCUCUCCCAUCUCCACUGUCUCUCUCCCCCAGCCAGGUUCAGCACAGAGAGAUGUGCCCCCGUCAAUACAAACCCCCCAGAUCCCCAAUUCCACCUCCCACUAAGAGCAACCAGAGUGAGAUCCUUAAUAAUUGAUCUUCACACACCUGCUUGGUGGAAGCGAAGGGAGUCUGCCUUUAACAGUCAAGGGGCCCCAUGCUAUCCCCUUUUGAUAUUCAAAUCGACAAACGGUAUCCGGCCUUUAUGAAUCCAAAAUGGAGCGAGCUUUACUUCAGGAGGACGAGCUUGUUAAAGAGAAUCUGGCCUCCUCGUACAACCUGAUGGAGCCCUUUCUUGUUGGAGGGGAUAUGAUGGCAUUUGAUGGCUCAUAAAUGGAAUGCCAAUGACAAUUUGUUGUUGAUGUGUGGGAUUCAGGCUUUUAUGUUCAUCAGGCAUAGGAAUGCAAGCACUGGGGCAGGUUUUGCUCGCAGGUAAAUAAUCCUGUGAUUGAUCCAACGGCGGCGAGUAAGCAGCGAGGGCUUUAUCUUCUACCUUUCUUCCUCCUCUACCAAUCUCCCCCCUUUCAUCUCACGCACUUUCCCGGUAAUUUGGAGCUGAAGAGACAUAAGUGAGGAUUCAUCAAAGUUGACAAGUCAACCCUGAAGCUGGAAAUCAUGGAAAACCCAUCUGAUUAUGGAAAUAGCAAUGAUCAUGCCAACAGUAUCAUCCUUUGCCAGAAUGAAAAACAUCAAUAUCAUGAUAUUCUUUUGUAGUUCUCCUUUGGAAAGGUUGUCUAAGAUUAACAAAGAGCUCGUGACUAUUAAUUUGUAGGUGAAUUUUGGUUUACAGGGUGCUGGGUCAUAGGUUAUCCUGCUGGUCCAUUCACACCCCAGGCUGUGUCUUUGUAAAUAAGCAGAGGACCUUGUCUUAGGCCAUGUAACCAUCGAUUCAAGCCUUCUUGGUCCUCCCUGGAGAUCUGCAUGUUCUUCAGCGUCUCUGAAUAGGCCAGCAAUUAUCAACAUGUCACCAACAGCUAUUUGCAUUGACCAUAGGCAAGUGACCAGCACUAAUGCUGUCCAACCUCAAACAUGGGCAAGCCACAGGGUCUCUAAAGACCUGACCCCUUUAAUGCUGCUUCUCAUCCCACUCAUCUCCCUGCAUUAAGCAGAUAGAUUUUUCCAGGUAUGCAUUAUACAAGAAGCUGAUUUGUAAGUGGGGUAUUUAACAGCAAACUGAGCUUAUUAUCACAUGGUUAAUUGUGCCUUUAAAUAACACCACAGAGAUUGGCUUCUCACAGAAUACCUGGUUGGUGAUAAGAUGCUAAAAAAGGCAGAGGUGGACUUGAUAAUUAAUGCAGUGCUUUUUAAACAUAGGCUUUUAAUUAAUGUUAAUUUGAUUGUAGCACUUAUUUUUUUAAUGAAUAUUUUCGUAGAAAUCACUUUGGAGUUUCAUGACGUGAUUCUUACACACUUUUCUUGAAUUCGAAAAAAAAAAACCUACGAUCUGAAUACAGUUGUAGUUUUUUCACUUUUGAAGACACAUCCCAGUGGCAAGUUUUAUAGUUUGUUGAAAUUAAAGGAAAAAUAAAGGAUAUCCUUUGUUUUCCUCUUUGUCACAUGGACCCUGACUUGACAUAGUUUAUUAUGGUCUGUCUCAGAAGUAGCACUUGCAGUUUAGUGUUGGUUAGACCUCUUAACAGCAGGAAUAAAAACCCCUCCUCCUUGCUAAUUUACAGUGCCCAGCAUAAGUCAGUACACCCCUGUUAAAAGUAAUGUAUUACUCAAUAUCUAGAUGAGCAAAAGUACAAUUUCCAAAGUUUUGAUAAAGCUAAGUUUAACAUAACAUUUUAUUUACCAUAGGACGAAAAUAAGGGUGAUAUGAUAACUACAAUUUUGCUUUGCUUCCAGGACUUUGAUUCGGGUGUACUCAUGUUUGCAUCCUGAUUUUAAAUUGGGAAAAAAAAUACUUUUUUGUAUGCAACUUAAAAAAUCUUGUUAGCAAUCAAUGGCUUACAUUUGGGGGAGUAUUUUGUUGUAUAGUCUGACAUAGAAAAUGUUGAUUUUGAAAGGAAACUUUCAAAAAGGAAACUUAUUUAUGCUGAGCACUGUAUAUUGUACAAGCAAUUUUAAAAAAGCUUGCUGCAAAUCCCAAGACAGCUUUUUAUUUACCCACCAACUUAAAUCUAAUACUCUGACACCCAGCGGUAAGCAUGCUGCUUUUGUUAAAAACAAACCCUGUAUUAAUAAUUUUAAUAACCUUGCAUGGCACAUUUUGCUUUAAACAAAACAGUAGGUGGCUACACUGGUUAUAGAGUGUGUGUGUGUGUGUGUGUGUGAGGUGUCAGAGGUUAUCUGUAGUGUUUUUAAAGCCACAUUUACCUCAAAGCAGCAGUGUGCCAAAAUAUAGCUGUUUUUUACUAUUAUGAAUAACAACGUUUUGGUUUUCUUUAUUCUCUAUCUUCAGGUGGAUCAGUCUGUUUUCUGCGCCGGCCAAAUCGCUUUAGUCCCCUGCACCAUGCAGCUGGUAAAAGCUGGCGCCAGGACGCAGGCCCGCUUGUCCUUCAGCUACGUGAAGAAAGUUCUGGAGGCGGUGAUCGGUGGUCUGACUCUAGCUAACUCUCUCCAGGCUCACUGCUACACCACAAGACACCAAGAUAUACCGAUCAUCAGGACCGUGUGGGAGACCAUGCUGAGGGCCGCAGAGGAAGAGCAGGUCAGCCACUGUGGAGUAAAACUGGUGUUUAUGAAAUAUAUACCAGUGUUUAAGAGGAAGAGCUGUGACUAGCUGUUUUAUUAUAGAUGCAGAGGAAAUAUUGAUCAUACUCAUAUGAUACUGCAACCACAUAGAAUGGCUACAUGUUUAAUGGAUGAAAAGACCGAGUCGAUAAAUAAGUAAAAGAGAAGAAACUUGAUAUGUUCUCCAAGUUUUUCAGAGGGGCCUUUCGGAAUUACAUUUUAUAGUUGUGAAAUAAGCGAAAGUUCCUCACCCCUCUCUGCCCCCCUCGAGACCCUAGUCUCUGCGACUGAUAUUUACCAGUGAGCGCGCUCAUGAAAAGUUGAUGAUGUGGGAAACGCUGGUGUCUUUGAUAAUGCCGAGCUUGGCACAGAAGCAGAUGUCUUCCUCAGAGCUUCCCUAAUCCUUUGCCCCCACACACCAUUUUGGAGCUCCGUUCAACUCUCAGAGCAGCUUAUCCCCCCACCCCAACCCAACCUCCCCUCUUUCCUGCCACCUCCCUCCAUUCCUCCCUCCAUCCCACCGCCCCAGCUUACAACCCCUGCUCCGUACGUCUAAUAGGGGCACCGGUUUCCCUUGGCAGCCCUUCUCCUCCCACUGUAAUCUGUCUAGCCAUGGGAAUUGGGCCUUUGGGAGAGGCGGGAGCCCACCUCCAACAUGUGGCUCUAUUCAGUGGCAAACAGUAUUAGACUGGAGAGGAGAUGUCUACUUUGUGUUAAUGCCAUUUCAGUAUAGGAGUAUAUAAAUGUAAAUCAAGGCCAGCAAUCUUAGCUUUUAAGCUUUUAAGGGAGAAUUUUUGAAUUGCAAUCAAAAUUUAUGCUAAAAUGCUGCUGAUGUCUCUCAAAACAAGUGCCUGUUCAAUCGUACGUAUGAUUUGGUACUUAGGUCUGAGUAUAAAGUAAAUCAAACUGAGAUAGUAAUCGUGAAUGCAUUAAAAAAGUAACAUAAAUCAAGCAUGCAAAUUGGCUUGUUUAAAUAUUAAGGGUGACCGAGGCCAAAGCUGUGGGAAAUGACAGGACUAACCUGAUGUCAGAGGUCACUGGAGAUGGACAACAUCCUCCAUCUGUUGUCCCUCUACGAGGUAUGUCAGAACAAUCAAAAUACAUUAAAUGAGCCAACCCAGGAGACCAUGUUUUAUUUUUUUACAGUGUCUCACAUUAAGCAGCUGUAAUUGACAGCUUAUCUAUAAACAGAUAAAUGCAACCCCAAAGAACAGGGCGGCAGAGGUGGUAGGUUACCAGCCUGACCCCGGUCUCUUCUCCCUCUGAGGCAAAUCUUCAAGUCCUCACUCUUUCCCCUCUUUUCCACCUCAAGCACAGAUGUACAUGAGAGAGCAGCAAUUGUCUUAUCCUAAACUUGGUGCAAUGCCCUGGGGUGGGGAUUACACUAAGCACCAGCGCUCAUUUAAAUGGACUGUAAUUAGAAUGUUUAACACAGGUCAAACACUGAUAACACAGCUCCCACACAGUGCAGAGCAGAAUAACCUCCUCUCAAUCACUGAUGCUAGCUUUUUCUUUUGCAAAGUGAUAUUCAAAAAGAAAAAGAGAAAUAGAAAGACUAUAGGCGAGACAAAUUUGACAUAAUAACAUAAACACACAAAUUAAGGAAAGCAAACAAUGCCAUACUUGCUGCACUCUGACCUGAUCAAAUCUUAUUUGAUCUGAUUUGAUUUAUUGUCAUUUACGUUGACUAUAAGACUGAUUUAUCUUAAAGCUUCUGUGAGGAGUUUUUUUUUUCCUUUUAUGAAAUAGAGUGAAAAUCACACUGGUGCCUUUUUAUGAUAUCCAAAAACAAACAAGGCCAUCAGCAGCAAGAUUGAUGAUUUAUCUUCAUAAUUUCAAACACCUGGAACCAGUGCUAGGAGGUAGGUGUACUUUGAGCAGCAGUCAAAAGUCACAAUUCAGGAAGGAUUUCUUUGUCAAUAAUUGACACAAACUGAAGUUUCCUCACAGAAGCUUUAACUUAAAUUCAAAUUCAACUGUGAAAGUCAAGCGUAUUAUUAGUUUUACCGUUAAUUCAAGGAAAAAAGUUGUUACUAAGCCCAACAAGUGAUGUUAUUUGAAUUUUAAGUAAUUUGUGAAUUUGAAUAACUUAUCAUAAUCAAUCACAAAUAUUAUCACAUUUCUAAACCUCCUUUAUUGGUAGUCUAAAACUUAAUUACUCAAAUAAUAUGAAGAACUUAAAACAGUGAAAACAGCAAAAAAUCAAGAAAGUGGAGUGUGCACAGGAAAACUAACACAAGUAUAACUGCUGAUAAUUAUUGAAAUUUUUAUGCCUAUUGCACAAACAUGAUAGGAGUGGUUUUAUUUUCUGUUUAACUAGACUAAAAGAUCACAUUGUGGGUAAUUUGGAGUCAGUUGUUAUUGUAAUGCACAGCUUUUCAUAUUUGGUUACGGCACUGCACAGAAAAGCUAUUGAUUUAUCCUGAAAAGCGUUAUGAACUAUUAGAUUAAUGUUAAAAAGAUAAAAAAAAUACUCUCACUGUAUUGUUAGACCCUGCAACCUACGUAAGGAAAUGACAGAAACACGACUGCCGAGCAUGUCUGCGAAGCCACAGGGCCAUGUUGUUGUUGUGCGCUGAUAAUUUCUCUAAUCAGGUGGAUGAGGAAGCUUGCAGGGUUAAUUGGGAGCAUACUGGAGUCGCUACAAGUGUGAAAUUGUAUUUACGGUGCAUUAAACCACAAAGAGCCUGUUUGUCUGCCCGUGUCAGAGGCUUUGAUGAACAGGAAGAUUUUGAUGUGAUAAGUCAAUAAAUGUUAAACAGACGUCUCUUGGUGUGGCAAUAACAGGUUCUAAGAACAUGUCAGAAAAUACAAAACUAAUAAUUAUCCAGCAGGUUUAAAUAUUUAUUUUGCUAUUUUAGCUAAAAAUAUGUCUAUAUUUCAACAUGCUCUAAUAAUAAACAAGAGGUUAUUUUUGAACCAAGAGGAAGACUUUUAAAGAAAUGAGUCAAAUUGGGAUUGAUCAUUAAUUGAAUUUGAUAGGACUGAGCUCUGCGUACCAAAGAGAACUAUUUUAUUUAAUUUUUCAAUCUAACUUUUGACUUUUGAAGCACUUCAUGGCUUUUGUAUGGUUUUUAAAAACAUCCUACCCUUAAACUUGUACUCACCCCACUGUCACGACCCUGUGUGUUUCAUUUACACAAAAAAUGUCUCUUGAUUUCAGAGCAGAGUCUUGAGAGAAGAGAACGACAGAGCGGAGUGAAUGGGCAGGGAUAUUAUUGCAGACUGACAGCACUACAGUAAGUGCUGAGACAUAGAGCCACAUGCUGAAGGCGUCCCGCUGGGCAGGAAAUGUAGGGGAACUGGCUAAGCAGAGCAGUCCCAUCAGCUCCCUGCUGUUCCCCGCCUUUACACCACUUCCUUAUUACCGUGUUUACCGUUCGGCUUUCACGCCUCUCGGCCCUCCGACCCGCCGCACGCUCCAGGCGCAUGGACGGGGUUUAGAGGGAGGAAAGUGGGGAGAAGGAAAACAAACAUGAGCAGAGGCAGGUCACACCCCAUCAGUGUGGAGAGCUGUGUGCUGCUGAUCCAGACUUCAUGCAUUUACCUGCUGCCUACAGAGCCGGAGAGCGCAGGGGAAUGGCUGCAUGCCCUGCAACUGAAGUGGGAUGAAGUAAUGAGAUGGAUUGUGUUAAGUGGCUGGUGGAGAGUGGAACAGAGCCCCUCACACACACACUCACUCACACACACACUUGCUCUGCCACCUGCCUGCCCUCCUAACAUGCCACUCUAGCACUCAGCUCCACUAUAUAUCAAAGUUUGAAUUUUAUUGGAUUAAUUUAAUAAUUGAUCUCUGGUCAGGUGGGGAUGUCAGACAUUUUUCCCACUCUCCUCUGAAAGGGACACACACACACACACACACACACGGUUGAAGCUGAAACAUACACACAUGCACGGCACAUGCACAAGCAGAAAUACAUUCACACAAAUGCACCAUUUGCACAUUUAGUUCCACAGAACUGCUGAACAAACUUUCCACCUAACGCUACAUUUCGGUGGUUACAUUAAUAAAGAAACAAAUAGGGGUUGAUGUAACCUCGUCCGACAGCUCUGACAAAAAGUCAGCAACUGUGCCGUGACAGUAAAGUCCUGCCAGAGGCUGGAGCUGCAGUGCCGAAGUCCCCUGAUCUCCUUUGUGGAUGGUCGGUUGGGUAGAGUACCUCAGCACACAAGGCCUGCAGGGUGGCCUUUAAGCCUGGCUGAGCAGGACCCCCUGUCCUGUCACUUCUCUCCACAGUUCCCACUCUCUGUUGCAUGUUCAAUCACUAUUGACAAGUCGAGGAGCACUCCCCUCUAGGAGAAUACCUAGUCAGCGCCAGAAGUGCUAAUAUAACAUUUAUCAAAGCAUGGGACACGUAUGUGUGCUGUCACUUUGUCUGACAUGCUAAGGCGUCCGUGCUGACACGGCUAUUGUUCUCAGCUCUCGAGGUUGUUAUUGUUGAUCACAGCGUACAGGGCUCUCUUCAGAUCCAGCAGAGUAAAGAAAUGUUCACCUAACUCUUGCACUCACUCUCAGUCAGGACACUUGCUUUUCUGUCUCCACUCUCCGAGGCGAGAGGUUAGUUGUUGAUACACAAUUAAGCGUUUGCUAAAGUUUAAUCUGAAGGUAAGUGCUGCCUCAGUGAAUCUGGCUGAUUGGGUCAUGAUGGGCUCUUCUGUUGAAGGGACAAAGAGGCCGUCCACUGCUCUUGUCAUGGAUUUCUCUCUUUUUUGUGUGUCUGAGUGAAUAUCAAAAUAAAAUGUAAGUAACCUGUUAUUAUUCUGCACUUACGAAGUGGGGUUGUAAGUGGAUGAAAAUUGAUCCAGCAAAUUGAAAAGGGGGUUAAGUGUUUUUGCCCUAUCGACUCUAACUGAAAUGACGGUUAUAUAAAACACUCAUUUCUCUCCCAUUAGCAGAUGAAGCCACAGCCAAGUAUUAUUAGAGGGCCACAUUGUAGCACUGCUCCAAGACAUUUUGUUACUGCUAAUAGCCCUGAGACCAAAGAAGAAGAAAAAACACACACAGAGAUUUCAGCAUUGUGGAUAAAAUUGAGGCAGUUUUCCACUUAAUGUUUGUGGUGAAACUGCCGUAACACUGUGUGAGUGAUCUUCUUAGGGAGGUCAGCUAAGAUAGGACCUGUCAUGUUUGCUGAAAGUGAAUGCAUUUGUGCAUUUAUGUGGUUGAUUCAAGCGGUAUGGAUUCUUUCUGAAGUGUUCGCACACUAUCAUUACCGAGGGUCAGCUCCCAAUCUUGUUUUAAUUGAUGCUCUGUCAGUCCGUCAAGUAAAAAGCCUGUCUUAGAGCUGUGUGGUAGCUCUAUGCUGUGCUUUACAAUAAUGUUUAAUAUGUAUGGAGCACAGCAUGUCUCUCAGCAGGAGGUCCAUAUAUGUUUGAUUGCAAUGUUUGGCACUACAUGGUGUAUAAUUUCAUACCAGUUAAUUUGAAUAAAAUCUGUCUGUGUUUCAGGACUUGUUGUUGGAGCCUGAGAUCAAACCUCCUCCAUUGUUGGUGGUCGUGGUGCCUGCCUUACCCAGGGGUGCAGCAGUUGAGCUCCACGUCACUGCAAUUCAAGAUGACCCCACCAAAAGGACUUCCUCUCACAUCAGUAGGAAGUUUACAUGUGGGUCCAUGGAGUGCCUCACUGUCAUGUCCGCUGACAGGUGUAGCGCCUCACUUUCACUUUCCCUCUCUGUGCCCGGCGAUAACCCGGAGGUCACUGAUGGAAAGGAUAUAACAGAUGAGGUUGGAGCUACAUUUAAUAAAGCCGUGAAGAAGAUGGAUGCUGAGCUGGUGCCUCUUUGUGCCAGAGUGUUCUACAAGUGCGGUGACUUACUGGCGCAGCAAAUAGUCAAAGGUACGUCUGUGAGAACACAAAACAUAUGCUUUAAAUUGAUCCGGUAUUUGCCCUCAUUUGGAAGACUUAUCGUAAAUGAGCGGUUCUUUUGAAAUCAGCGCUCCUGAGAGAAACCGCUUUUGCAAGUUCAGCUCCACAUCACUGUAUUAAUGGAAACAAAGUGACAGCCAGUCUCUCUGUGCACCCUCUUUUCAAAGAAAGUUUGACAUGACAUCGGUUAAGUAAACUCCAUAAAGUAUUCUAGGAAGCAGAAGUCUCUCCAGAGGAUCCCCGCUCCUUCCUGUGUUUAAUUAUUAUAAGUCAUUUGUUGUGUCUGCUCUGUGUACAGUAACCCGAGCAGCUGGCACACUCUUUUGUCAUCAUUACACUUUUAUACGGCACCGUCUUCUGCUCUCGGGUUCUCGUCAAGGCAAAUGUGGAGCCGUAUUUGUUUUAUCCAGAGAGACGUUCUCUUGGAGGGAAAAAGGGCGACGGGCACAUCGAUCACACGCGCUCACUUGUCAAGUCAUCGCUGAAGCAGUCAAUUAACAUUUUUGAGUCUGAGCCAAACCAGCCAUCUUUCUGUCAUUUUUAGCUUUGACAUAAGUCAUCUUUCCGAGGAUGUGAAAUUAUGGUUAGCCGUGAUGAAUGGGGCAAAAAAGGUCUAUCCAUUUUGAAUAUUUCUCCGUGUGCAUGACAGACUAACACUACUAUUUGUUUUAUUACCUAAUCAUAUAAUUGCUGCUCAACAUAUGAUGCAUGCCAUUGAAUCUUUUUGCUGCGCACAAACGACAGGAUGAGAGGAAAUCAUGUUCAAAUAUUUCAAAUUUAUAUAUUUUUUUAAUUUGAAAAACUUCUAGAUUAAUUAUAAAAUAUUGAUUUAAAGAAAGGCAGUCAAAAAAUCUGUCUUUCCUCUUUAAUUUCUUCUUUUUUUUUAUUGCUUAAAAGCCCCACGCUGUUGGGUCAUAGGUUUACUGGACUUACAUCAACCUGUAUCUUCACCGUUGAAUUGUGUGUUUCUUUAAUUAUCUCCUACGUUGACUGCUUCCCCCAAACCAUUUACUGACUCAUCAUUGAGCUGGAAUUUGUUACCUUAUCCUGCAUGCACAUUCGAACCCUGGAAGCUCACCCAUGGGCGUUUUUAUGGGUCAAAGCCUCUGCUCAUCGGGUGAUGAAUCCAAAAAGUCAAAGGAGGAAAAGUAACACCUCUGGCGCUAGCAGUCACAGCCUCGCAACUGCUGCUGUCAGCGCGCAGACAGACAACAACACUGGAGCAAAAAAUGUGACCGCACUGCCCCCCACCCCUUCGGUUACUUGCGUUAGGAUUCACAGCUGAUAGACAUGACAUAUGCUCCAAAUGAAACCUUUAAACAUCUUGUCUCAACUUGUUACUUACAGUAGAAAGGUUCUCACAAAGAUGGGCCCCCUAUGAAUACACAACUAAAACGUCAACCUCUUCAAAACAGAGCUGAAUCUGCUUUUUAUGUUUUAUAUACAAAAUACAGGAGACGUAUAAAAACUAGAAACAUAAAAUACAAGGUUAUGAGCGGUUCUAAAUGAUAUGUAAAAGUAGGUUUGGAGACUUUUCGCUUAACCAACUUUUUACCUCAUAGACAAAAUUAACUUUGAUAAGGUAAAGAGGAGACUCGAGAGACUUGCAAAUCUAGGUUAACAUCUAGACUAACCCUAACAGUAUGUCCUAUAAACCUACAAUGAUAGACUUUGAAAGGGGCAGUCAAAAAAAGUUCAUGUAUCGAUAGCAAAUAUAAUAUUUCUGACAGGGAUGUCAGGAAGCAACAAUUGUCCAUCCAAUAGAAGUUAAACAAAGUGUGAUGGAUUCUGAAAUUUGCCCUAUAAGUCUGUUUGGUCAUAGUGGUAUUGGUACUUUUUAUCUGUAAGGCUCGUCUAUUGCAAGAAAAAGUGGCACCAACCUGACUAACAAGAAAGAACCGAAACUUAAAAUCACCAGAAAUCAAAUAAUUAAGUUAAAAAAAAAAAGGUUAGAAGUCUCUUGGAACUGCAGGGUCAGGUGGUAUUACUUAAUAGGGACAAUACUACAAGUAGAAAUGUACAUUAUCUUUCUUUGAGGGCUUCACUGCACACACCCAGCCCCUCAGCCUUUUGCUCAGUCUUCUUGGACUUAAUGAACAAUUUUCACAAGCCAACACUCGCUAAUUACCACCUUGUUUACUGGAUAAUUUAACCAGUUUGAAAGUCACUGUAGCACAACUAAAAAACCACUGGCUCUGGGCCUCGGCCACAUGAGCCCCACAAGCCCAGCAGGCAUCAACCAUUUCACAUGAAAAACCCAUUUUUCCUCUCUUUGUCUACGACUGCCUUCAUUGACACCCAUCACUCUAUUAAACCAUGGCUCACAAUAUUUAUAUAUUAAUCCGCUCAAACAAAAACCGCUGAUUAAGAUUGGAAUAAAAGAGGGUUGUAGGAAGGCAUUAGAAAUGGUUUGAUUUCGCAAACACAGAGAUUUAACAGCAGCCUUUUCAGCUCCCUGUGUGCUCACUGUGAAGCAGAAUAAUUGCCAGUCCUCUUGGGUAGAUGGUUUAGUUCCAUCUCAUUGCUAAUGUGAUGGCUUUUUGAAUCCUACAGCCUCCGUCCACAGGCCUCUCAAUGGGACUCCCUGUGUAGCCCAAAGGGGGGGCUGAGAAUCCAGGGGAUGGGUUUAGUGUGUGAUCGGAAGCUUUCAUACAAAAUUUGUGCGAUUUUACUGGGGCAUUCACUCAAAAUCGAAACACUAAAUUGCAUGGUCACACAAGUCACCUUCACCCCCCUCGUGUCUCUUAAUUCAUGCAUUAGCAGGCUCGACUGUGUUCACACACUCUGAAAGGGACCCUCAAAGAGAGAGCGCAAUUAUUUCCUAUCUGUUCGAACAAAGAUUAAAACAUCCCGACAUAAAACAGGCUUAGUGUGCAAGGUAUGAUGAAGGGUGUGUUUCUUCUCUUAAUGAAACCAUCCUCUGUCUGUGAUCUUCCCCAACUUGUUCAGUUGUCAGCUAGCCAUCUCCAGAGGAUGCUGCUUUCCAGGGUGCACCACAUGCUCUGAUAAUACAUAUUUAGGCUUUUAAUGCCCUCUGAAAAAGCCCGCUAUUCAGUGGGGGUAUUUUAAGCUGUAGUGCAUAUUAGCUAAUUAGGGUUUGUGGGCUCUUUGUAAGGAUGUUUGGCAUGCUGCGUGUGCCUCGAAUGAAAGAGAGCUAGGCUUAUUAAAUAGUACCGAGAACAGCUCUGGUAACCUCUCUGUCCUGAUUUGUCUCUCUACAAGUUCACAGAAAAGUUACCAAUUUUUGUUCUGCAGCUUAGUUUGUGUUUGUCUGCAGAGACUUAAAGCUCUUUCUGUGACUUUUGAGCUGCUUAUUUAAUAAUUUCAUGCCUGUAUAUGACCUGCAAAAACAAACAAAACCAUCAGGGAUAAGGUUGAUUAUGUCCUUGUGAUUACUUUAAAUGUCUGUGGCCGCUGGCACAGGAUAGGUGUCAAAGGCAAGAGGAGUGCACUGCAGGAACAGCCUUUCCAUCUUUAGGAUUUACAGUGAGUGUUACAGUUAGUUUUGAAAAAGAAAAAGCUAGAUUAGAGUCAGAAAACACUCCUUAUUCAUGCUAAAAUUUGCAAAUAAUGAAGAGAAAGUGUUUUGUCCACUCAGAGGGCUAAAAUUCAAAUGAAGUGAAAGCAUCUCACAGGAGUCUUAAUGCUCCCGAGAGGAACUUUCGAUAAGUUAUGAAACAGACUGAAAGACUAUUGAUGUCAAGAUUAAUAAUUUCUUUAUUAUGAUUUUUUUUGCCGUGGUAGGUAAGCCAAAGAAAUAGCCUUCGUUACUUGACCCAAAACAAAUUUAUGUAUGGAUAGUGAUAAACUUCUCUGUAAAAUGACAGCAGGGUCAGUUAUUUAUUUAUUGUAAAUAAGCAUUUUUUUUCUUAAGGACUAGACAAAAUCAACACCAUACAAGGGUUACAACUUCGCCCACAGGGGGUGCCAAAAUCACACCACAACUCAGAAAAUUCCUCACAGCCGCUUUUAGAUGACAGCAUUUUGACAAAAAAGUUGAUAUUAUCACAGACAAGCUCAAAGUAUGAUGUAUGUUACAAUCUGAAAUAAAAUGAUACAAUCAGAUACAUUAUGAUACGAUAUGAUAUGAAACGGUAUGAUACAAUAGAAUACUACACGAUGUGACAUUAUGAUAUGAUGCCAUACAAUAUGACAUGCCAUGAUACGUUACGGUAUGAUGUGAUAUGCUGUGAUGUGUUGUAUGAUUUCAUACAAUCUGAUACGGUAAAAUUCGAUAUGACAACACAAUAUGACACAACUUGACAUAUCACAGUAUGAUGUGAUAUGCUUUAAUGUGAUAUAUUAUAUUAGUAUUAUACACUGUGUUAUGUUAUUUGAUACAAUAUGAUAUGAUGGACUUUAUGUGAUAGUUAGGAAUCAUGUGCUGCACACAUCAAACCACCUUCCCAGUGGUAAAAAUGAAAUAUAUAAAAAACAAACAGUACUUAUGGAGCACAUAUGUAUGAAAAAUGCUUUUUAAAAGUAUUGCACAUUACCCUCAUGGUGCAUAUUCUGCAUAAAAUACAAAAGACAAAAAACACCAUGAUGCUUUAAUGACCCUGCCAGAUCAGAUUGACCACACCCAAGUCCCAACCAACAUGCUGUUAAAUCAGAAGGAAUAAGCCCGGACACUCAACCAUGCGACAGGAACACUUGUGACCAAUUAGUGCACAGAACAGAAGAGGGACAGGCCAGCGUCCCAGUGGGUUGCUGCUAAAUAGACAGGCUGUCAUCAAGACCGAGCUCUGAGACGCGCAAUGAAUUCUCACAUGUCCACUCCCUGUCUGUAGUCCAGCCGUACACAUACACAUGCGCACACAUGUACUUACACACACACACACACAUAUACACACAUACAAUUACAGCUUCUCUCAGCUGCAGUUACACUGAGGGGUAGUCUCAACACAGCUUCCUGACAUCCCAACACAACAGGAGCAGGGGAUCCAUUCCACUAGAUCCCCCUAACAAGCUGCUCAAUUGUCCAAAAGGCCAUGCCCCCUCCCCCCGGUUCCUAGUGGGUAUAUGUUAGUUGUAUAUGGCUCGAGUCCUUGCUGACCAUAUGUUGCACUACAGGGAGUUGAAGUAGGGAGCUCUACAAGCUGCCAAAGAUUCAAAAAAUGCCAAUAAUUUAUAAAUAGGCCCGUGUUCCCUGGUGGAAGAGUUAAGUGCGGCCUCUCUCCAGGGACACCCUCAGCAGGACAGCUGUGAUAGAGUCUCAUGUCCAACACCAGCCAAAGUUCUCACAUGAAAAUAACUCCUCCCCUUCUCUUUUUCCUUCACCUCUUCCUUUUCCUCUACCUGCCAGGACUCGAAGACAGUCUGAGAAGCUCUCUGGGGGAGUCCAGUCCGUCCGUCUCCCUGGUUCCAGUCCUGGACUUGCCUGAUUCUCAGAUCUUCCACCUGUCCUGCUGGCUUAGUUUAUAGAAACACAGCCAGAGUCAACAACCAGACUGCAGUCACCCACAGCACUGGAAUUCAGCGGGGCUUCUCUGGAGGAGCGGCCCUGACAGUCCAACACCUAAUGACUUACAACAGGACAUCAGUGAAUGUGGAAACGCAAAACUGCAUAACUGCUCAUUAAUUUUGACUGUUUAUCACUGCCGGUUGUUGAAAAGCAAAGCCGUGCCUGUCUCCAUGUGGUUUUGAUGACGUGCGGAUGUGAGGAUGUGUUUAUUCCACUUCAUAUCCCAGAACUUGGGUCCAUAAUUCACUUUGUCCUCCACUGGAGUUGUUUGCUGUAGCAGCUGUUAUUCUAGCUUUGAGAUGAGUCUUGUGGAACUUCUGUUAGCUAAAGCUGCAUACCAGAGGACUGGAGACCGUAGUCCACAAAAGGAGACACCAGCAGUGUUUCGUCCCACAGGGCGAUAAACUGUAUCCCCUGAUGUCCUGCUGUUUCUACUGGAAUUUCUCUUAGCGCACUAGCUAACACCCCUCAUAAAGGCCUAGUGUCACCACUGACACCAUCUGCUCAGUUGUAAACCUAUAGAUUUACUGUGUGACUGGUGUGUUGUUUGUGUGUAAUGUGUGUAAGUGUCUCCCCCUUGUGCUCCAUGGAACUCAAGGUGUGUUAUUAUUGUGUAAUAGGCAAUCAGUACAGAGCACCUGAAAAGAUUAAGCCUCUUUAUGUUUUUUAUUGAUUCUAAGGCAAACUGGUUAAUAGAAGAAGGACGCUAGCUGCAGGGCAGGUGUGUGUGCGGUACAUGUGUGUGUGUAUCAGAGGUGUCAAUGGACACAGUGUAACAAUGUGGGAAGAAAAUAAGGCUAUUAACCAUUGCUCCUGGAACAUUUCUUUUCUCAAAGAUCAUGAACCGUAUUGAUGAUCUGAGUCGGGAUGCAUCUUCACUCCGGCUAUUCUCUUGAUCGCGCUCUCGAUGGAGAGGGCUAUUGAUCUUCACCCACCACAAUGUUGUUAUGAUUGUUGUUAUCAAAAAUUGAACAAUAGAGGCAGCCAAUAGAGCCUGAAGAGUUUUAUUGGGGUUUGAAAAACACAAACAAGCAAUUAUUUAUGAGAGCGAGCAAGCCACUACUGGAUGAAUAUACAGUUGUGCGAAUGCUACAAGUUUUGAGUCGGUGCUAUCAAUAAGUGGAUUACUUUUAAUUAGAUACUUCAGUGCCUAAGGUGAAGAUGACAAGUGUGCUGUACGUAUAGUUACAUUUUGUUAAGUGUUUUCAGAGUGUUAAAAAGUCCAAAUUUGGCAAUAGUUAGAAAUAAUUGCAGCAGUAAGUAAAGCUCUUUCAGAGUAUACAAUUUAAGCUGAAAAAUAAUCUUUUACAACAAUGAUGAUAAAUUGUGGAGUCCAAAAUUGAGCCAUACCAACAUGCACCCUCUUUUGAAAUGUUUUCCAUUGUAUACAAGCACUUGGUAUAACUUUGUUAUCAAAGUUUCAUAUUCACACGACAUUUCUGCAUUGGGUUUGUUUUCUUUUUGGACAAACAGUUAAAUUACAGUGAAUUCAUGUGUAACAUUACAUCAAAAUACAAAAACCCCCAUUACAGUAAAUACACAGCAGCUCUGCCACUAAGAUUCGGAGCACAACACUUGUCGAUCAUCACUGUAAACAUAACAUUCAGUCUUUCAGCGGGCAUGUUUUCAUACUCACAGACAAAGCCACACUUAUAUCAUCACACUCUAAUCAUAGGCAAUGUGAUGGCCUAUGGCAGACACAUUUCUUUGUGUCUUUACGGCUGUGUUUCCUCUACAAAAUGAAUAAAGACAGGGUGACAUUUAGUUUUCUUGUGUGUUUCGUCAAAUGUACAUUUUCCACCAAGCUGACCUGCAACCACUCUGCAAACAAAACUGGCUGUUGUGGCUAACAUUGUCCUUUGUGUGCAGUGUACCAGCCCGCGGCCCUUGUCAUUGUGGCCUUGCACAUGGACUUUAACUGUGUGUUUCUUCCUCCAGGCUAACUAGGCUGAUGUGUGUGUGUGACUCUCUCUUUUCCUGUAGCAGUGAGCUACUGUAGGGGACCCAAGCUCAGGAGCAGCCAUGCUGCAAGAGACGAUUCCUGACAUUGUGGUCUGCUUGCCUCUGUGACUGUGGCUUGGUUUGUGUUCAUGUUUGAACCCUUUUUGUUUUAUAAUUUAUUGUUUUCUUACCCCUUCAGUCAGUGAAAGCAUGUCUUUAUGGUUGCAGCACUGAUUAUAUGCAACUUGUUUUAGCUCCUGAACUAGUGAGCCUUCUCAAGCUAUUGAGUGGUGUCUGCUGCCCUCUACUGACCAUCAUAAAUGGUGCAUUUAAACACAAGGCAUACAAGCAUUCAAUUCCAUCAGUGCAGAGUUUUCAGUGAGACUGAUGUAAAAGCACUCUAACAUGGACCCUUUCCAAGGAAAUACUUUGACAUUUCACAGUACAUUACUGUGAAAGAUGCUUGAAUUCCAUCCAGCCCCCUGAGUUGGUUAUUGGAAAUUAUUCUAAAAAAAUGCAGAGCAUAAUUUCUCCCAGCAAAAACCUUUUUCAUACUUAAUUUAUUCAAGGUGCUUUAUAUGUGCCAUUUGAAGUUCACACAAAAGUUUAUAAUCAAACUUUUAAUGAGCAUAGAUAAAGUUCUGUGAUAGUCAUAAUGAAUAAAAACCCAGAAAUACACUUCUUUAUUUUUUUACUUUGAUAUCAAACAAAAAAGCUCCAAAUGCUCUUUUCUGAGAGCCUGAACAGGUGAAUUCUAGGAAUUUUUAUAAAUUCAUUUUGACAAUUAUGUUGAAAAUUAUAACAAAAAGGAGGUGGGGAGUUGGUUUGAAUUAUCAGGAAAGUUUGAUGAGGCAUGGUUGAGGUGUAGUGCUGCUCCUGAAACUUUGCCAUCCAGCACUGUAUGCUAAUCUAAAAUUGCACAUGUGAUGUGUACUCCACAGUUGAUGUGGGCAUGACAAUGUUGUAAGUGUGAUAAGACUUUAUAGAGUAUGCAAUAGGCUAAAAGGCAUAAGUGAUUUUAUUACAUUUCUUUCUGUUUAAAAGAGACUUUUCUGUUGCUGUUAGAACCUGCUGUUGUGCUGAUGACAUUUAUAUUUACUGUUAAAAUACAGUCUAACCUCAGCUAGACUUAAAUGUGCUCAACAAAUAAAGUUUGAGUUAAGUUGAGUUGAAUAAAAGCAGCCUUCUGAUUGGGCAAAUAAAAGGAGCCAACUCAUUGGCCGAAUUAAAGCAGCCAUUGGCCAAAAUAAGGAGCCUUCUGAUUGAAUGAAAGAGGUAGCCUUCUGGUUGGGACUGUCUUUACCUGUUCAAUUGGUUUUCUCUUUUUUUCAUAAAUGCUCAUGAUUUGUCUCCGUACUCUUCUUACCCUCCUCUAUCCUUGCACUGGAAUCAAACCCAAACCCAUUUCAUUGACAGUCAGCAGGCUUAUACGCUUUACCAUUAGACUGCCAGAUAGUCAUGGGCUUGGGAGAAGGAGGACAGACUAGCAUGGACAGGGGCCCACCAACAUUGCGAGUGUACAGGGCCCAGAAUUUUGUGCUACACCCCGGCUAAAUGUGCUUCCCGUUUUUGAAUUUUUCAUUUCACCAUUUCAUUUUGCUUCUUUAAAAGCACCUCUCAAACAACAUUUGAAGAUUAAUUUGAACACAGGAUCUUUGAUUGAAAGGCACGGACCUUCACCACUACACCACAAGUACAGCUAGUCCUGGUUGUUUUAAGGUCUUUUGAUUUCACCUUUCAUUGGGCACAGUUGCAAAAGUUAUAUGUGAGAACAGCAAUUUUCUCCAUGGAGCACUGCUGUCCUAAUUACAACCCAGAAUCCUUUCAUAGAGGGACAGCAGCCUUCAGCAUCAAACUACAAGUUUGACCGGCAGGGCUCUAUUUUGUAGGUCCUUAUUAUCUUUUCCUUUUUUUGCGGAAGUUCAAAAUAAAAACUUAAACCAGAGCUCAAACUGCAUGUAAGGAAAGCAAUUGUUCCUGGCUGACAUAAAGGGUCUUUAUCCUGGCCGUGAACCAAGAACCCUUUGAUAAGGAGGCAGCAGCAUCAACCACUACACUAGCAGCUAACCUGCUAAUAUUUGCUUUUCCAGGUGCUAUUUAUUACAUACUAGAAAGGGUUAAUGCAGACAACUGCUGCAUUUGUUCAACAUUGUAAGAAAAGUAUACUUUUAAUAGGUUGUUGUUGCUGUUAACACCUAGGCUUAUGUUUUUUAAUGUCAGCUACAGGUAUAAUUUGUCCAUUCUUAGUGAAGCAAAUGUAACUAAAUUUAAUCAAGGCCAAAUAUAACAAAUGAUAUUUCUUUAAUUUUGAUUGUUUUCAAGGUUUUUUUUCCUAUCAGGAAUCAGGCACUUACCCUGCUUUCUUUGGUCAUAUAGUAUGAUGUGUUUAUUAUCGGUGUACUUAAGGAAACCAUCAUUUAACGUAUGACUGGGACACAUUGGUAAAAAGACAGUAUUCGACUGUACAACGGCAUGACAGUAGUUGAGAUGAUAGGAUAAAGUAAUUACAACUCAUAUAUGUACAUUCGCAUGUAUACAUACUGUAUGUAUUGAUAAAAAUGUGAUAUUUUGUUGGGAAAUUUUAAUAUGAUUUGUUGAAAAAAUAUACUAUUAGUUGUCAUAAUCGGCAUAAUCGUCAGGAAAACUUUAAUUUGCUAAGACAACUUGGUCUUGGUUGAAGGGACUAGUGAGCUUUGUGCCCUGUAUGUUGGAACUGCUAAACCAGAAGAGUGGUCAUUACUCAAAAUAAUCCAUGCAACUCAUUCACUUUUGAUUUUAAGUUGAGACAACUUCUCAGUCCUAACAGUGUGGACUUUCUAUCCAGAGUGAGAGUGACUGUAAUUAUACCAGCAGAACAGCAGAGGGAAACCUUACAUCUCACAAGAAAGCAGCAGAAUAGAUGAUCCCUAUUAUUUUACAUAAAAAAGAAAAGAAAAAAACUUCAAUGUCUCUCUGUACCGAACCUUCAGUGUCCCUGCGUGCUGACUCAUACCAGACAUAUUUACUGGCUGUGAGAUUUAAGGACAGAGCUCGUGUGAAAGUAUAAACAUAAAUACAGGGCCAGCCUCUUUCCAACUGAAAGACCACAUGGUGAGUGAAACAAAGAACAAACAAAGUGAAAUUGGAUAAAGAAACAAUUAGAGUAUUGAAUCCUGAAACCUAAUAGAAGUAACUAAAACUGAAGACUAUGUGUUUGCUUUAACUUACUUUGACUUUGUUGUGAACUGUAACUCACUGAUAACACAGACAAACCUGGGAUAUCAUGUGCUGAAACAGCUAAAUAACAGUUAAAAGUUCAUUAGAGCAAAAUAAAUUAAUAAUUUAGAUAUAAUAUGUAAAGGAAUAUUGUGGGUUUUUAUCCUUUUGUGAAAUGUUUUUCUUUGUUCAUUCUUGGCUUUUUAGGGGAAUGUAAGUAUAUGCUUUAUUUGGUUGGAGUGUAGUUUAGUUAAAUACAGACAGUUAAUGUAGGAGUUUUAUUUGAUUUCUUGGACUUAGACAGAUCUUGAACUCCCCUUGUGGUACUUUGGUAUAUUCUCCUGCAGUUGGGUUGUUGUCUGAGAAGCCUAUAAAAGCAGAGAAGAGUUGCUUUCAAGAAAGGGAGGUGAGGCCUAGUUGACUUAAACGUGUCCUAGUUUGAUCUGAUUUGAGAAUCAUUUUGUUUGAUUUUGGUCAAAGUUGUGUUGUUUUCAUGGAGUCUGCAUUCAUUGACC